CUUGCUUUUCGGCCAAAUAAAAUAUAAACUAAUAAAAUCUGUCUUCAUUUAUCUCUCUCAGUUGUUGUUCCUAACUUUCAAUGUUCAAUGUGAUUAAAAAACAUGUAAAUUAACCUACUUGUAAUUUCUGUGUUUGAAAUGACAGAAGCUAAGCAAGCAAUUGUGCCACCUCCUGAGCCUGAACCUAAACCUGCAGUAGCUCUAAAAUCUCCAAAACCAACUGCAGAACCAGCACCUGCUGUUACUGCUCCAGUGACAACCCCAGUUGUUGGAAAGAAAGCAGAGGCCAAGCCACCAAAAGAGGAAGCUCCGAAGGGUAUCAGUCCAGUCAAAGCCAAGAAGACACCUUCACCAGCAGAUGCAGAAAGAAGGAAACUCAGGCCAGGCAGUGGUGGUGAAAAACCUCCUGAAGAGCCUCCAUUCACUUACCAACUUAAGGCUGUACCACUGAAGUUUGUCAAGGAGAUGAAAGAUAUUGUGCUAAAAGAAGCUGAGUCUGUUGGGUCUUCUGCAAUCUUUGAAGUCCUUAUUUCACCAUCCACUGCAAUUACAAGCUGGAUGAAAGAUGGAAGUAACAUCCGAGAGAGCCCAAAACACAAGUUUAUUGCUGAUGGCAAAGAUAGGAAGCUGCAUAUUAUUGAUGUCCAGCUGUCUGAUGCUGGUGAAUAUACUUGUGUAUUACGACUGGGGAACAAAGAGAAGACCUCUACGGCCAAACUCAUUGUUGAAGAACUCCCAGUGCGGUUUGUGAAAACACUUGAAGAAGAAACCACUGUCAUUAAAGGCCAGCCACUGUACUUGACGUGUGAGCUUAACAAAGAAAGAAAUGUGGUCUGGAGAAAGGAUGGUAGGAUCAUCAUAGCCAAGCCUGGGAAGUUUGCUCUGGGUGUUAUUGGUUUGUCCCAUUCUCUCACGGUCGCUGAUUCAGAUGAUGCUGAUGCUGGCACUUACACUGUUACUGUGGAAGACUCUGAACUGUCAUGCUCAUCUUGUGUUAAGGUAGUAGAGGUUAUAAGGGACUGGUUAGUAAAACCCAUAAGAGACCAGCAUGUUAAACCAAAAGGAACAGCUACUUUCAGCUGUGACAUUGUCAAGGAUACACCAAACAUUAAGUGGUUUAAAGGAGAUGAGGAAAUUCCUGCUGAACCCACUGACAAGACAGAAAUCUUGAAAGAAGGAAAUAAAAUUUUCCUGAAAAUCAAGAAUGCUGGCCCUGCUGAUGUUGGAGAAUAUUCAGUGGAAGUUGAAGGUCGCAGAUACCCAGCUAAACUGACCCUUGGUGAACGUGAAGUUGAACUUCUGAAGCCAUUAGAGGAUGUUACAGUUUAUGAGAAAGAAACAGCAAACUUUGAUACAGAAAUAUCUGAGGAUGAUAUUCCUGGUGAAUGGAAGCUGAAAGGAGAAAUCCUGAGACCUUCACCUACAUGUGAAAUCAAAGCUGAAGGAGGAAAACGCUUCCUAACCUUACACAAAGUCAAGUUAGAGCAAGCUGGUGAAGUCCUUUAUCAGGCACUUAAUGCUGUUACUACAGCUAUCCUGACAGUCAAAGAAAUUGAAUUGGACUUUGCUGUGCCCCUAAAAGAUGUUACUGUUCCUGAGAAGCGCCAAGCAAGAUUUGAGUGUGUCCUUACGAGAGAAGCCAAUGUUAUAUGGUCUAAGGGCACUGAUAUACUCAAGAUUGGAGAAAAAUUUGACAUCAUUGCAGAUGGAAAGAAGCAUAUUCUUGUUAUCAAUGAUUCACAGUUUGAUGAUGAGGGAGAGUACACUGCUGAAGUGGAUGGCAAGAAGAGCACAGCGAGACUGUUUGUGGAAGGUGUGAGGCUGAAGUUCAUAUCACCUCUACAGGAUCAAACAGUGAAAGAAGGGGAAACAGCUCACUUUCAGUUUGAGCUUUCUCAUGAAGACAUGCCAGUGAAAUGGUACAAAAAUGACAAGAGACUUCAUACAAGCAGAACAGUUUUUAUUACUUCAGAAGGCAAAGUUCACAAACUAGAAAUGAGAGAAGUAACACUUGAUGAUAUUUCUGAAAUAAAGGCCGUAGUCAAGGACAUGAACACACAAGCCAACCUCAAAGUCUUAGAGGCCGAUCCAUAUUUCACUGUGAAGUUACAAGACUACAGUGCUGUAGAGAAAGAUGAUAUUACUCUGGAGUGUGAACUUAGCAAAGAUGUGCCAGUAAAAUGGUACAAAAAUGGUGAAGAACUUGUAGCUUCCAACAGAAUUUCCAUAAAAACGGAUGGCUUGCGCCGUAUCCUGAAGAUCAAGAAGGCUGCAGAGAGUGAUAAGGGUGUUUAUGAGUGUGACUGUGGAACCGACAAGACAAGCGCUAAUAUCGGUGUUGAAUCUCGCAUAAUUAAAGUGGAGCGUCCAUUGUAUGGGGUGGAAGUAUUUGUUGGUGAAACAGCACGCUUUGAAAUUGAAAUUUCUGAGCCUGAUGUCCAUCCUAUAUGGAAGCUAAAGGGAGAAACCCUAACACCUUCACCUGACUGUGAAAUCAUUGAAGAUGGGAAGAAACAUAUUCUUGUCCUUCAUAACUGCAACCUUGAUAUGACUGGAGAAGUGUCUUUCCAAGCUGCUAAUGCUAAAAGUGCUGCUAAUCUGAAAGUGAAAGAAUUACCUCUCAUCUUUAUCACUCCACUAAGUGAUGUGAAGGUCUUUGAGAAGGAUGAAGCUAAGUUUGAAUGUGAGGUGUCCAGAGAACCCAAGACUUUCCGCUGGUUGAAAGGAACAGAAGAGAUCACUCCUGAUGAAAGAUUUGAAAUUGUUUCAGAUGGAACAAAGCAUGCUCUGAUUAUUAAAUCUGUUGCCUUUGAGGAUGAAGUUAAAUAUACAUUUGAAGCUGAAGAUAAAAGAACAAGUGCCAAGCUAAUUAUUGAAGGUAUCCACCUGAAAUUCAUUACUCCUCUCAAGGAUGUAACCAAAAAGGAACGAGAAACUGCAGAGUUCACUGUGGAACUCUCCCAUGAAAAUAUCUCUGUUAUCUGGUUCAAGAAUGACCAACGAUUACAUACCAGCAAAGUGGUUUCAAUGACAGAUGAUGGCAAAUUCCAUACACUCGCAAUCAAAGAUCUUACUAUUGAUGACACUUCUCAGAUUAAAGUAGAAGCUAUGGGCAAAUCCUCAGAAGCUAAACUCACUGUCCUUGAGGGAGACCCUUACUUCACCGGGAAGCUGCAGGAUUACACUGCCGUAGAGAAAGAUGAAGUAAUCUUACAAUGUGAAAUCAGCAAAGCAGAUGCCCCAGUGAAAUGGAUGAAGGAUGGCAAUCCAAUUACUGCAUCAAAGAAUGUUGUUAUUAAGGCUGAUGGUAAAAAGAGAAUCCUUAUUCUCAAGAAAGCUUUGAAGAAAGACAUUGGACAGUACACUUGUGACUGUGGUACUGAUCAAACCUCUGCUAAACUCAAUAUUGAAGACCGGGAUAUUGAGGUUGUACGACCACUAUACAGUGUGGAGGUGAUCGAGACAGAGACUGCCCGUUUCGAUAUUGAAAUCUCCGAGGAAGGGAUCCAUGGGAACUGGAAGCUAAAAGGAGAACCCCUUACUGAAUCAGCCGAAUGUGAAAUCAAGGAAGAAGGCAAAAAGCACUUCCUUACCCUCUACAAUGUGCGCUUAGAUCAAGCUGGUGGAGUAGAUUUCCAAGCAGCAAAUGCCAAGUCUGGUGCUCACCUUCGAGUGAAACCUCGAGUAAUUGGCUUGCUGAGACCCCUCAAGGAUGUAACAGUGACAGCUGGGGAAUCAGCAACCUUCGAUUGCGAACUCUCUUAUGAGGGAAUCCCAGUAGAGUGGUUCCUGCAAGGAAAGAAAUUGGAGCCCAGUGAUAAGGUUGUGACACGUGCUGAAGGGAGAGUUCACACCCUUGUUCUGAGAGACGUCAAAUUAACAGAUGCAGGAGAGGUAUCACUGACAGCAAAAGAUUUCAGAACUCAAGCAAAUCUUUUUGUGAAAGAACCCCCUGUUGAAUUUACUAAACCACUUGAGGACCAGACUGUUGAAGAGGAGGCCACUGCAACACUGGAAUGUGAAGUUUCCAGGGAAAACGCAAAAGUUAAAUGGUUCAAAAAUGGAGAAGAAAUUCAUAAAUCAAAGAAGUAUGAUAUAAUUUCUGAUGGCAGGGUCAGAAAACUCAUCAUCCGUGGCUGCACACUGGACGAUGCAAAAACAUAUAGCUGUGAUGCUAAGGAUUUUAAGACAUCAUGUUUUCUCAAUGUAGAACCUAUUCGUGUGGAGUUCCUGAAACCCCUAACUGACCUUGAGGUUAAAGAAAAACAAUCUGCUCGAUUUGAAUGUGAAAUUUCUCGUCCAGGUGUCAAGGUGAAGUGGUUUAAGGAUGGCAUGGAAAUCAGAAAAGGCAAAAAGUAUGAUAUAAUUUCCAAAGGAGCAGAACACAUUCUUGUUGUCAAUAAAUGUGUCUUUGAUGAUGAAGCUGAAUAUUCCUGUGAAGCAAAAACAGCUCGAACUUCAGGCCUACUUACGGUGAUAGAGGAGGAGGCUGUUUUCACAAAAAAUCUUCCUGAUCUUGAAGUAAAUGAAAAUGACACUGUAAAAUUGAUCUGUGAAGUCUCAAGGCCUAAUGCUGAAGUCACUUGGCUUAAAGGAGACGAAGAGGUACCUGAUGGUGGUAGAUUUGAACACAUUUCUGAUGGCAGAAAGAGAAUUCUUCUUAUACAUAAUGCUCAUCCGGAAGAUGCUGGCAAAUAUACUUGCAAGCUCCCAAGCUCUAGUACAACAGGAAAACUUACUGUGCAUGAACUUGCAGCAGAAUUUCUUACCAGACCACAAAAUCUUGAGGUGCUUGAAGGAGAAAAAGCUGAAUUUGUCUGUACAGUAUCCAAAGAGGCCAUUGAAGUACAGUGGCUGAGGGGUGACACAGUCCUGGAGCCUGGUGAAAAGUAUGACAUAAUUUCAGAUGGCAAGAAGAGGACGCUUGUGGUUAAAGACACUAUUCUAGGAGAUACAGGAAUGUAUAGUGUCAUGGUUGGUGAAGCUAAAGCUGCAGCACACUUAGGAGUGAUUGAAAAACUCAGAAUUAUAACUCCUCUUAAGGACCAAGAAGUUAAUGAGUGUCAAGAAGUUAUCUUCAACUGUGAAGUUAAUAAAGAAGGUGCCAAAGAGAAGUGGUACAAAAAUGAUGAGGCAAUAUUUGAUAGUGCAAAGUACAUUAUUGUUCAGAAGGGUUUAGUUUACACUCUCAGAAUCAGAGAUGCAGAGCUGAAAGAUCAAGCUACUUACAGCAUUGCACUGUCAAACCAGAGAGGUGAACAGGUCAAAAGCUCUGCUGCCUUAACAGUAUUAGAGGAGGACCUCAAAAUUAUUGAGCCCCUUGAAGACAUUGAGACCAUGGAAAAGAAAACUGUCACAUUCUGGUGCAAAGUCAAUCGCCUUAAUGCAACUCUCAAAUGGACAAAGAAUGGUGAAGAGAUCACAUUUGACAGGCGCAUUUUGUACAAAAUUGAUAAAUUCAAACACUCAUUGAUCAUUAAAGACUGUGGGUUUAUAGAUGAAGGUGAAUACACUGUUACUGCUGGACAAGACAAAUCUGUUGCAGAACUUCUCAUCACAGAAGCACCAGCAGACUUCACUGAACAUCUUCAGGAUCAGACUGUCACUGAAUUUGAUGAUGCUGUCUUUACAUGCCAGCUUUCCAAAGAGAAAGUCAGUGUAAAAUGGUACAGAAAUGGAAGAGAAAUCAAAGAAGGCAAAAAAUACCAGUUUGAAAAGGAUGGAAAUCUGCACCGGUUAAUCAUAAAAGACUGUAGACUAGAUGAUGAGUGCGAAUAUUCCUGUGGAGUGGAUGACAGGAGAUCUAGGGCAAGACUUUUUGUUGAAGAAAUCCCUGUUGAGAUUAUCCGACCACCACAAGAUAUUUAUGAAGCUCCCGGUGCAGAUGUCAUCUUCAUGGCUGAAUUGAACAAAGAUGGUGUGGAGGUCAAAUGGCUGAGAAACAACAUGAUUAUCAUCCAAGGUGACAAACAUCAGAUGAUGAGUGAAGGGAAGAUCCACAGGCUGCAGGUUUGCGAGAUAAAGCCCCGUGACCAAGGGGAAUACAGAUUUAUCGCCAAAGAUAAGGAAGCUAGAGCUAAGCUUGAAUUAGCCGCUGCACCUAAAAUCAAGACUGGUGAUCAAAAUCUUGUCGUUGAUGUUGGGAAACCUUUAACUAUGACUGUCCCAUACGAUGCCUACCCAAGAGCAGAAGCUGAAUGGUCAAAAGCAGGAGAAAGUCUGCCCACAACAACUGUUGAUACAACGACUGACUGCACUACCUUCAAAAUUUUUGAAGCAAAGAAAUCAGAUAAGGGAAGGUACAAGAUUAUUCUUCGAAACAAACAUGGGCAGGCAGAAGCAUUCAUCAAUGUAGAGGUCAUUGAUGUUCCAGGUCCAGUUAGAAACUUGGAAGUCACUGAAACUUAUGAUGGUGAAGUUGGUCUCGCCUGGCAAGAACCAGAAAGUGAUGGUGGAAGUAAAAUCAUAGGCUACGUUGUUGAAAGACGUGAUAUUAAGCGUAAAACCUGGAUUACGGUCACAGAUCGUGCUGAAAAUUGUGAAUACACUGUUACUGGACUUCAAAAAGGAGGAGCUGAGUACCUCUUCCGUGUUAGUGCACGCAACAGAGUGGGUACUGGUGAGCCAGUGGAAACAGACACACCUGUGGAAGCUAAGAGCAAAUUUGAUGUUCCUGGUCCUCCUCAAAAUGUCGAAGUUAGUGAUGUGAACAGAUUUGGAGCCACACUUAACUGGGAACCACCUGAGUAUGAUGGAGGAUCUCCGAUAACUGGCUACGUUAUUGAACUGCGUAACAAAGGUUCCAUCAGAUGGGAACCAACUAUGACCACAGGAGCUGAUGAACUGUCAGCCCUCCUGACUGAUGUUGUGGAAAAUGAAGAAUAUUUCUUCAGAGUAAGAGCUCAAAACAUGGUUGGAGUUGGCAAACCAAGUCCUGCUACACGUGCAGUAAAAAUUAUGGACCCAAUUGAGAGACCAAGUCCUCCCAUUAACCUUGAGCAUUCAGAUCAAACUAAGUCAUCAGUUCAGCUCACAUGGGAACCUCCUCUCGAAGAUGGAGGAAGUCCAAUCUUGGGCUAUAUUAUUGAAAGGCAAGAAGAAGGAACAGACAAGUGGAUUCGUUGUAACCCAAAACUAGUACCUGCUCUCACUUUUAAGGUAACUGGAUUGAAACAAGGAUCCAGUUAUUACUACAGAGUCUCAGCAGAAAAUGCAGCUGGUGUGUCUGACCCAGCAGAGGCUAUUGGGCCAUUAACUGCAGAUGAUACUUUUGUUGAACCUACAAUGGACCUAAGUGCAUUUAAGGAUGGACUGGAAGUUAUUGUUCCAGAGCCAAUCAAGAUCCGUGUUCCCAUCACUGGCUAUCCUAUUCCAACUGCCACCUGGUCUUUUGGUGACCAAGUCUUAGAAAAGGGUGAUCGUGUAACAAUGAAGACCACUGCCUCCUUUGCAGAACUUGUCAUUACUCCGAGUGAACGUCCAGACAAGGGAGUUUAUUACUUAACAUUAGAAAAUCCUGUGUCAUCUGUUUCAGGAGAAAUUAAUGUUAAUGUCAUUGCUCCUCCAAGUGCACCAAAAGAACUUCAAGUUUUAGAAGUACUCAGGACUACAGUACAGUUGUCAUGGGAACCUCCAGAAGACGAUGGUGGAAGUCCAGUUACUGGCUAUGUAAUUGAAAAACGUGAAGUAAGCCGGAAAACAUGGAGCAAAGUUAUGGAUCAUAUUGUUGACCAUGAGUUCACUGUACCUGACCUCGUCCAAGGAAAAGAAUAUUUAUUUAGAGUUUCUGCAUGCAAUAAAUGUGGCCCUGGAGAACCUGCAUAUAUUGAUGAACCUGUAAAUAUGUCAACACCAGCAACGGUGCCUGACCCACCAGAAAAUGUUAAAUGGAGAAAUCCAACAUCAAAAGGAAUCUUCCUAACCUGGGAGCCUCCAAAAUCUGAUGGUGGUGCCCGCAUUAAAGGUUAUCUGGUAGAAAAAUCUCAACGUGGCACAGACAAGUGGGAGACAUGUGGGGAACCUGUUAUUGAAACCAAAAUGGAAGUAACAAAGCUCAUGGAAGGAGAGUGGUAUGCAUAUCGGGUUAAGGCUCUGAACAGAAUAGGAGCUAGUAGGCCAAGCAAGCCAACUGAUGAUAUUCAGGCCAUUGAUGCAAAAGAGGCUCCAGAAAUUUUCUUAGAUGUGAAGCUUCUUGCUGGACUUACUGUGAAAGCUGGAACUAAAAUUGAGCUACCAGCUAAAGUAACUGGAAAGCCUGAGCCUCGGGUUACUUGGACCAAGGCUGAUCAAAUUUUGAGACCUGACAAAAGAAUCGCCAUUGAAAGCCAGCCUAAUCAGUCUACAGUGACUAUUACAGACAGCAAAAGGAGUGACAGUGGAACCUAUAUUAUAGAAGCUGUAAAUUCCAGUGGACGUGCUACUGCUGUUGUUGAAGUUAAUGUUCUCGAUAAACCUGGUCCACCAGCUGCAUUUGAUGUAUCAGAAAUCACAAACGAAUCCUGCCUUCUAACAUGGAAUCCUCCAAGAGAUGAUGGGGGUUCUAAAAUUACCAACUAUGUCCUUGAGAAAAGAGCUACAGACAGUGAAAUAUGGGACAAGUUGUCAUCAACUAUUAAGGAUACAAAAUUCAGAGCUACCAACUUAACUCCUCAUAAAGAAUAUGUGUUCCGAGUCAGUGCUGAGAACAUGUAUGGUAUUGGGGAGCCAGCACAGUGUAACCCCAUCAUUGCCAAAUAUUCAUUUGAUCCACCAGGCCCUCCAACAGGUCUCAAGCCUACAGAGGUCACUAAAGAUUCAGUCACUUUAACAUGGAACGAACCAGAUGAAGAUGGUGGCAGCCCCAUAACUGGCUACUGGGUUGAAAGAUAUGAUCCCGAGCAGGAUAAAUGGAUAAAAUGCAAUAAAAUGCCAGUGAAAGAUACAACAUUCAAAGUAAAAGGUCUUACAAAUAAGAAGAAAUAUAAGUUCCGUGUCUUGGCAGAGAAUCUUGCAGGACCUGGAAAACCAAGCAAGGAAACAGAGCCAAUCUUAGUGAAAGAUCCAAUUGAUCCACCAUGGCCUCCUGGAAAGCCCACUGUGAAAGAUAUUGGCAAGACAUCAUUGACCCUGAACUGGACAAAGCCAGAACAUGAUGGAGGGGCAAAGAUUGAAUCUUACGUCAUUGAGCUGUUAAAGACUGGAACAGAUGAGUGGGUGAGAGUGGCUGAAGGAGUUCCCACAACUGAACACUUCCUCAAAGAUCUUAUGGAAAAACAAGAAUAUUCAUUCCGUGUAAGAGCUGUGAACAAGGCUGGCGAGAGUGAGCCCAGUGAACCCAGUGACCCCGUGCUGUGCAAGGAGAGGCUCUAUCCUCCUUCACCACCUCGCUGGCUUGAAGUUAUUAAUAUUACUAAAAAUACAGCAGAUCUUAAAUGGACAGUACCAGAAAAAGACGGGGGUUCCCCAAUUACCAACUACAUUGUUGAAAAAAGAGAUGUAAGGCGAAAAGGUUGGCAGACAGUUGAUACAACAGUGAAAGAUACCAAGUACACAGUGAGCCCACUGACUGAAGGCUCAUUGUAUGUAUUCCGUGUGGCUGCUGAAAAUGCCGUUGGACAGAGUGACUACUGUGAAAUUGAAGACUCAGUGCUUGCUAAAGAUACUUUCACUACCCCUGGGCCUCCAUAUGCCCUUACAAUAGUUGAAGUGAAAAAAGGUCAUGUUGAUUUGAAAUGGGAACCACCAAAGAAUGAUGGUGGCAGACCAAUUCAAAGAUAUGUUAUUGAAAAGAAAGAAAAACUGGCCACUCGCUGGGUAAAAGCUGGCAAGACAGCUGGUCCAGAUUGCAAUUUCAGAGUGACAGAUGUCAUUGAAGGCACAGAUGUACAGUUCCAGGUUCGUGCAGAAAAUGAAGCUGGUUGUGGUCAUCCCAGUGAACCAACUGACCUCAUUCAUAUUGAAGAUCCAACAAGCCCUCCUUCACCUCCUCAGGAUUUACAUGUCACAGAUGCAGGCCGAAAUCACAUUUGCAUUGCAUGGAAACCUCCUGAGAAGAAUGGUGGAAGUCCUAUUAUUGGGUAUAAUGUUGAGAUGUGUGAAGCAGGAACAGAAAAAUGGAUGCGAAUCAAUUCUCGCCCCAUAAAAGAUCUAAAAUGUAAAGUGGAGGAAGGUGUGGUUCCAGACAAGGAAUAUGUGCUAAGAGUCAGAGCUGUCAAUGCUGUUGGAGCUAGUGAGCCAUCAGACAUCUCAGAAAAAGUUGUUGCCAAGGACCCAGACUGCAAUCCGACCAUUGAUCUACAAACUCGUGACAUUGUUGUUGUUAAGGGACAGAAAUUAAGUAUCCCUAUACCCUUCAGAGCUGUUCCAUCCCCAACUAUAACAUGGCACAAAGAUGGCAAAGAGUUGAAAGCUGGUGACAGAACAACAAUGAAGAGUGACUACACCUCUGCAUUGCUCGAAGUCAUAGACAGUGUUCAUGCUGAUGCUGGUGUUUAUACUAUCACACUGGAGAAUAAGCUGGCAUCAACGACUGGCUCAGUCAAUGUCAAAGUCAUAGGUCCACCCGGACAGUGUAAAGACAUCAAGGCAAGCGAAGUAACUAAGAAUUCUUGCAAAGUGUCCUGGGAACCUCCAGACUUUGAUGGUGGUACUCCUAUUCUGCAUUAUGUUCUGGAACGCAGAGAAGCAGGUCGUAGAACAUAUAUCCCAGUCAUGUCUGGUGAAAAUAAGCUUUCAUGGCAAGUCAAAGAUCUUAUCCCAAACUGUGAAUAUUACUUCCGUGUUAAAGCUGUCAAUAAGAUUGGAGGAGGUGACUAUCUUGAACUAAGAAAUCCAAUCAUUGCAGAAGACCCAAAACAGCCUCCAGAUCCACCUGUUGACCUUGAGGUCCAUAAUCCAACAUCCAAAUCAGUAACACUUACAUGGAAACCACCCCUGUUUGAUGGUGGAAGCAAAAUUAUGGGCUAUAUAAUAGAAAAACUCGCUAAGGGCAAAGAGAGAUGGGAGAGAUGCAAUGACUAUCUGGUACCCUUACUAACUUAUCCAGUGAAAGGCCUCGAGGAAGGAAAGGAAUAUCAGUUUCGUGUUCGUGCUGAGAAUGCUGCUGGCAUCAGUGAGCCUUCUCGUAUUACUCCUUUCGUGAAAGCUGUGGACCCUAUUGAGGCUCCGAAAGUCUUCCUUGCUGCAAACCUACAGUCUGGCCUUGAGGUGAAAAGAGGUGAUGAGAUCAUACUUGAGGCACAUAUUUCAGGGUCACCUUACCCAUCUAUCACUUGGCUGAGGAAUGAUGAAAUUGUCAGACCAGAGGAUAUCAAAAAGAGAGUAACAACACCAAAGAAGAAGGGUGAAGCUGCAGAAGAGAAACCUUUCCAGCUGUCACUGCCAGAACGUUUGAGCAUUGACAACCAUAAAGAAGGGGAGUCUGUACUAUCAAUUCGUGACUCCAUCAGAGCUGACCAUGGCACAUUUACAAUUAAAGUAGAAAAUGAUCAUGGUGUUGCAAAAGCCUCAUGUGAAGUCAAUGUGUUAGAUACACCUGGGCCUCCAGUCAACUUUGUAUUUGAAGAUGUAAGGAAAAAUUCUGUCAUUUGCAAGUGGGAGCCUCCCCUUGAUGACGGUGGAAGUGAAAUCCUAAACUACGUACUGGAAAAGAAAGACAAUACAAAAGCUGAAAUGGGCUGGGUCACUGUCAGUUCAACACUCAGGCAUUGCAAAUUCCAUGUUACAAAACUGAUUGAAGGAAAAGAAUAUCUCUUCCGUGUAUUUGCUGAAAAUAGAGUUGGAGCAGGGCCACCAUGUGUUUCGAAACCAAUGACAGCUAAAGAUCCUUUCUCUCCACCAGAUGCACCUAAUAAGCCUGAUGUGGAAGAUGUUACCAGCAACAGUAUGCUGGUUAAGUGGAAUGAACCAAAAGAUAAUGGCAGCCCUAUCAUAGGAUAUUGGAUUGAAAAACGUGAAAUUAAUAGUACUCACUGGGCUCGAGUCAACAGAAACCUUGUGAAUGCUCUGGAAGUAAAAGUUGAAGGACUGUUGGAAGGUUUAACUUAUAUCUUUAGAGUAUGUGCUGAAAAUGCAGCUGGCCCUGGUAAAUUUAGUCCGCCAUCAGAUCCAAAAACUGCACAGGAUCCAAUAAUGCCACCUGGUCCACCAAUUCCAAGGGUUGCUGAUACAACUGCAACUUCUAUUGAGCUAGAAUGGGAACCUCCUGUGUAUAGUGGUGGUGGAGAUAUCACUGGUUACCAUGUGUACAAACAACUGAUGGGAGUAAAUGAGUGGUCACGCUGUACAGAGAAACCCAUUAAGGUUCGACAGUACACAGUUACAGAAGUCAGAGAAGGUGCAGACUAUAAACUCCGUGUUACUGCUCUCAAUGCAGCUGGUGAAGGACCACCUGGGGAAACCGAACCCACAACAGUUGCAGAACCUAAAGAGCCUCCCACUGUUGAACUGGAUGUUUCUGUCAAAGCAGGCAUUCAGAUCAUGGCUGGGCAAACUCUUAAAAUUCCCGCUAUUGUGACAGGACGUCCUACUCCCACUAUUGCUUGGACUGUGGAGGACGGUGAAUUAGAUAAAGAUCGAGUUGUUAUUGAAAAUGUUGGCACAAAAUCUGAGUUAACCAUUAAGAAUGCAUUGAGAAAAGACCAUGGAAGAUAUGUAAUUACUGCUACCAAUAGCAGUGGUUCGAAAUCUGCAGGAACCAGAGUAGAAGUAUUUGACGUUCCCGGACCAGUCCUUGACCUAAAGCCAGUGGUUACAAACAGAAAGAUGUGUUUACUUAACUGGUCUGAUCCUGAAGAUGAUGGCGGCAGUGAUAUCACAGGCUUCAUUGUUGAACGGAAGGAUGCCAAAAUGCAUACAUGGAGACUAGCUGUAGACACGGAGAGAUCUAAAUGUGAUAUUACAGGUCUAGUUGAAGGGCAAGAAUAUAAAUUCCGUGUUAGUGCCAAGAACAAAUUUGGUACCGGUCCACCUGUUGAAAUAGGGCCCAUUCUUGCAGUUGACCCAUUAGGUCCUCCAACAGCUCCUGAGAGGUUCAUGUACACAGAGCGAACAAAGUCAACCAUUACACUUGAUUGGAAGCCUCCACGUAGUGAUGGUGGCAGUCCCAUCAUAGGAUAUAUUGUUGAGAAGAGGAGACAUGAUUCAAAAGAUUAUGAAAGAGUUAAUGCAAGGCUCUGUCCAAAAACAUCUCUUCUCGUUGAAAAGCUUGAUGAACUUCAUAUGUAUGAAUUCCGUGUCAAAGCUGUCAAUGAAAUUGGAGAAAGUGAACCGUCAUUGCCCCUCAACGUAGUCAUACAAGAUGAUGAAGUACCUCCAACUGUUACAUUGCGAUUGGCUGUGAGAGGAGAUACUAUCAAAGUCAAGGCAGGAGAACCAGUUAAUAUUCCUGCUGAUGUGACAGGUCUGCCAAUGCCAAAGAUUGAAUGGGACAAGAAUGAAGUUUUAAUUGACCAAACAUCCGAUGCACUUAAGAUAACCAAGGAAGAAGUAUCUAGAAGUGCAGCAAAAACUGAACUUAUCCUGCCUGCAACAGUGAGGAAUGAUAAAGGCACUUACACUGUGAGAGCUACCAAUCGUCUUGGCACUGCAUUUCGCAAUGUGCAUGUCGAAGUGUAUGAUCGUCCUGCUCCACCAAGAAACCUUGCUGUUUCUGAUAUUAAAGCAGAAUCAUGCUAUUUAACAUGGGAUGCACCUCUUGAUAAUGGUGGUAGUGAAAUUACCCAUUACAUUAUUGAGAAACGUGAUGCUAGUAAGAAGAAAUCUGAGUGGGAAGAAGUCUCCACAGGCGCCGUUGAGAGAAGAUAUGGGGUGUGGAAUCUUGCAACAAAUGAAAAAUACCAAUUUAGAGUCCGGGCUGUAAACAAAUAUGGAAUAAGUGAUGAAUGCCUCUCAGAAAAAGUUGUUAUUAAGGAUCCCUAUGGCCUUCCUGGACCUCCUGGAAAGCCAAAGAUUUUAGAACGCACCAGAUCAUCUAUGCUGGUGACUUGGGAGCCUCCUUUGGACAAUGGUGGCAGCCCAAUAACUGGCUACUGGCUAGAAAAGAGAGAAGUGGGAGGUGUGUACUGGGCACGUGUCAACAGGGCUCCGGUAACAAAACCAUCAGUAAAAGGUCUACAGCACAAUGUGCUUCGUUUGAUUGAGGGUGUUGAGUACCAGUUCAGAGUUAUGGCUGAAAAUCUUGCUGGAAUUGGCCCUCCCAGUGAACCAUCAGAUCCAGCCUUAGCAGCAGAUCCCAUAUUUGUUCCUGGUCCACCAUCUUGCCCAGAGGUCAAAGACAAAACAAAAUCAUCCAUAGCUCUUGCAUGGAAACCUCCUCAAAAGGAUGGUGGGAGUCCUAUAAAAGGAUAUAUUGUUGAAAUGCAAGAUGAAGGUAGUACUGACUGGAAGAAGGUGAAUGAAGGAGACAAACUCUUCCCUACUUGUGAAUGUGUUAUUCCCAACUUGAAAGAGCUCAGAAAAUACCGAUUUAGGGUGAAAGCUGUAAAUGCUGCUGGAGAAUCAGAACCAAGUCCUGCAACAUCAGAAAUACCUAUCCAAGAUAUUCUAGAGGAACCAGAAAUCUUCCUUGAUAUUGGAGCACAGGAUUUACUCUCUUGUCGUGCUGGCACAACAAUUAAAAUCCCAGCUGUUAUCAAGGGUCGUCCAGUUCCAAAAACAUUUUGGGAGUAUGAAGGAAAAGCAAAAACAGCAGCAAAGGAGGGAGGUCAUAACGUACCUGAAGAAGCUCAGGUGGAAGCAACUGAUACACGUUCAGAAAUUAUCAUCCCUGAGUGCAACAGAAGUCAUUCUGGACGAUACAGUAUUACAGCAAAGAAUAAAGCAGGACAAAAAACAGUGCAUGUCAGAGUCAAUGUGCUUGAUGUCCCUGGUCCACCGAAAGACCUUAAAGUAAGUGAUAUCACAAGGGGUAGCUGUAAACUUUCAUGGAAGAUGCCAGAUGAUGAUGGUGGAGACAGAAUCAGAGGCUAUGUUAUCGAAAAAAGAACUAUUGAUGGGAAGGCCUGGACUAAAGUCAAUGCAAACUGUGGGAGUACCUCCUUCGUUGUACCUGAUCUCAUAUCUGGCCAAGAGUACUUCUUCCGGGUACGUGCAGAAAACCGUUUUGGUGUUGGCCCUCCUGCAGAAACCAUCCAACGGACCACAGCCAGGGAUCCAAUCCAUCCUCCUGAUCCGCCUAUUAAACUAAGGAUUGGCCUUGUAACCAAGAACACAGUGAGCUUGACGUGGAAACCACCAAAGAAUGAUGGUGGAGCUCCAGUUACGCAUUAUAAUGUUGAAUGUCUCCGCUGGGAUCGUACUGGAGAAGUGAAAGAGUCUUGGAAGCAAUGCAACAGACGUGAUGUGGAAGAAACAAAAUUUACUGUUGAGGACCUUGUAGAAGGUGGAGAAUAUGAAUUCAGAGUCAAAGCUGUAAAUAUAGCAGGUCCUAGCAGACCAUCAGCCACUGUUGGCCCACUUGUUGUCAAAGACCAGACCUGUCCACCAUCUAUUGAGCUCAAAGAAUUUAUGGAGGUUGAAGAAGGAACAGAUGUUAAAAUUGUGGCCAAGAUAAAGGGUGUACCCUUCCCCACAUUAACAUGGCUAAAAGCCUCUACAAAGAAACCAGAUGACAAAUCACCAGUGCUCUAUGAUCAACAUGUCAACAAGAUUGUUGAUGAAGAUACUUGCACUUUAUUAAUUCAACAGUCUCGGAGAAAUGAUACAGGCUUAUAUACUAUAACAGCUGUAAAUGAUCUGGGAACUGCUUCAAAGGAGAUGAGGCUGAAUGUUUUGGGUCGUCCUGGACCUCCAGUGGGACCUAUUAAAUUUGAAUCCAUUUUGGCCGAUAAAAUGACAAUAUCAUGGCUUCCUCCAUUAGAUGAUGGUGGUUCUAAGAUUACAAACUAUGUUAUAGAGAAAAAAGAAGCAAAUAGGAGGACAUGGGUACCUGUUACUAAUGAGCCUAAGGAAUGCAUAUUCACUGUUCCCAAGCUGAUGGAAGGCCAUGAGUAUGUGUUCCGCAUUAUGGCACAAAACAAAUACGGGAUUGGAGAACCUUUGGAUAGUGAGCCAGAAACAGCACGAAAUCUUUUCACUGUUCCUGGACCUUGUGACAAGCCAACAGUUAGCAGUAUAACGCGUGACUCAAUGACUGUAAACUGGGAAGAACCAGAGCAUGAUGGUGGCUCUCCUAUUACUGGUUACUGGUUGGAGCGCAAAGAGACCACUGGAAAGAGAUGGACCAGGGUUAACCGAGAUCCUAUCAAGCCUAUGACACUGGGGGUUUCAUACAAAGUCACAGGUCUUAUUGAAGGCUCUGAAUAUCAGUUCCGUGUUUCAGCUAUCAAUGCAGCUGGUGUUGGCCCACCGAGCAUGCCAUCUGAUCCAGCACUUGCUAGAGAUCCUAUUGCCCCACCUGGCCCUCCUAUACCAAAAGUUACUGAUUGGACAAAGUCUUCUGUAGAUCUGGAGUGGUCUCCGCCAAUAAAGGAUGGCGGUUCUAGGGUCACUGGCUACAUUGUUGAGUAUAAAGAGGAAGGAAAGGAAGAAUGGGAACGGGUAAAAGAUAAAGAAAUUCGAGGAACCAAGUUUGUUGUGGCAGGAUUAAAAGAAGGAUGUUUUUACAAAUUUAGAGUUAGAGCAGUGAAUGCUGCUGGCAUCGGAGAACCUGGAGAAGUCACAGAUGUUAUUGAAAUGAAGGACAGAAUUGUGGCUCCUGAUAUUAAUUUGGAUGCAAGUGUCAGAGACAGAAUUGUUGUUCAUGCUGGAGGAGUAAUUCGAAUCAUAGCAUAUGUCUCAGGAAAACCACCUCCAACAGUGACUUGGACCAGGGAUGACCGCGCUUUGCCAGAAGAAGCCAAAAUUGAAGAAACAGCUAUUAGUUCUUCUUUAGUCAUCAAGAAUUGCAAAAGGAGUCACCAGGGUUUAUACACUCUUCUUGCUAAAAAUGACGGUGGUGAGAGGAAGAAGACCAUUAUUGUUGAUGUGCUAGAUGUGCCAGGUCCAGUGGGAGUGCCAUUCCUUACUGAGAACCUAACCAAUGACUCUUGUAAAUUGUCAUGGUUUACUCCAGAAGAUGAUGGUGGUUCUCCUAUUACCAACUAUAUAAUUGAAAAACGUGAAGCUGACCACAGAGCUUGGACUCCAGUGAGCUACACAGUUACAAGACAGAAUGCUACUGUUCAGGGACUCAUUGAAGGGAAAGCCUAUUUUUUCCGAAUUGCAGCUGAGAAUCUAAUUGGCAUGGGUCCAUUCACAGAGACAACAAAAGAGAUUGUCAUUAGAGAUCCAAUAACUGUUCCUGACCGUCCAGAAGACCUGGAAGUAAAAGCAGUUACCAAGAACUCUGUUACAUUAACUUGGAACCCUCCAAAAUACAAUGGAGGCUCAGAUAUCACCAUGUAUGUCCUAGAGAGCCGUCUCAUUGGAAAAGACAAAUUCCACAAAGUUACAAAGGAGAAAAUGCUUGAUAGGAAAUACACUGUAGAAGGCUUGAAAGAGGGUGACACCUAUGAGUAUCGUGUGAGUGCUUGCAAUAUUGUGGGGCAAGGCAAGCCAUCAUUUUGCACGAAACCAAUCACAUGCAAGGAUGAAAUUGCUCCUCCCACACUUGACCUUGACUUUAGAGACAAGCUUAUUGUUCGAGUUGGUGAAGCUUUCAGCCUGACUGGACGUUACUCAGGCAAGCCUGCACCAAAGGUUACUUGGCUAAAGGAUGAUAUCGUUGUGAAAGAAGAUGACCGUAUAAAGAUCCAGACAACUCCUACAACUCUUUGCUUGGGGGUAUUAAAAUCUGUCCGUGAAGACACAGGGAAAUAUUGUGUGACUGUGGAGAACAGCACAGGAUCAAGAAAAGGAUUUUGUCAAGUGAAUGUUGUUGAUCGCCCAUCACCUCCAGUAGGCCCAGUUAUAUUUGAUGAAGUCUAUAAAGAUCAUAUGGUAGUUUCCUGGAAACCUCCAUUAGAUGAUGGAGGCAGUGAAAUCACAAAUUACAUUAUUGAGAAGAAGGAUACACACAAAGACCUAUGGAUGCCAGUUACAUCUGCCACAGUGAAGACAACAUGCAAAGUUCCUAAGCUGCUUGAAGGAAGAGAAUAUCAAAUUCGAAUUUAUGCUGAAAAUCUUUAUGGCAUAAGUGAUCCUCUCAUCUCUGAUGAGAUGAAAGCCAAGGACCGUUUCCGUGUUCCGGAUGCACCUGAGCAACCAAUCAUUAAGGAUGUUACCAAAGACUCUGCAGUAGUGGUUUGGAACAAACCGUAUGAUGGAGGCAAGCCGAUAACAAACUAUAUUGUAGAAAAGAAGGAAACAAUGGCUACAAGAUGGGUCAGAGCUACCAAAGACCCAAUUUUCCCCGGCACAAAGUUCAAAGUACCUGACCUCCUUGAAGGCUGUGAAUAUGAAUUCCGUGUUUCAGCAGAAAAUGAAAUUGGUGUUGGUGAUCCUAGUCCACCAUCAAAGCCAAUUUUCGCUAGAGAUCCAAUCGCAAAACCAAGUCCACCUGUUAAUCCAGAAGCAGUAGAUAAAACUAAAAAUUCAGUUGAUUUAUCUUGGCAACCACCGCGCCAUGAUGGAAAUGGCAAGAUAAUUGGCUACCUAAUAGAGUAUCAGAAAGUUGGAGAUGAAGAAUGGAAAAAGGCUAAUCUUACAGCAGAUUCUUGUCCUGAAACAAAAUACAAAGUCACUGGUCUUACUGAGGGUUUGACCUACAAGUUCAGGGUCAAGGCAGUCAAUGCAGCAGGGGAAUCUGAUCCAGCCAACGUUCGUGAUCCAGUAGAAGUAAAGGACAGGCUUGAACCUCCUGAGUUGAUACUUGAUGCUAAUAUGGCCCGAGAACAGCAUGUAAAAGCUGGAGAUACCCUGCGACUUAGUGCUGUUAUUAAAGGUGUUCCAUUCCCAAAAGUUACUUGGAAGAAAGAUGAUCAUGAAGUCUCACCCAAAGCUGAUAUUGAGGUUACAGGAGUUGGUAGUAAGCUUGAAAUUCGUAACACAGUCCAUGAAGAUGGUGGAAUGUACUCCCUGACAGUUGAAAAUCCAGCUGGUUCAAAGACUGUUUCAGUAAAAGUCGUGGUCUUAGAUAAACCUGGUCCACCCAGAAAUCUGAAAGUGAGUGAUAUUAGAAGUGACUCUUGCUAUCUCACUUGGACUGAACCAGAAGAUGAUGGUGGCUCUGUCAUUACCAACUAUGUGGUGGAAAGGAAAGAUGUAGCUUCUGCACAGUGGGUAGCCAUCUCAUCAUCCUCCAAGAAACGCAGUCAUAUGGCUAAAUAUCUGAUGGAAGGCACUCAGUAUCAAUUCCGAGUUGCAGCUGAGAAUCAGUUUGGUAGAGGUCCAUAUGUGGAAACACUCAAGCCUAUUAAAGCUAUAGAUCCACUGCAUCCUCCAGGGCCACCAAAGAAUCUGCAUCAUGUAGAUGUUGACAAGACUGAAGUUUCCCUUGCUUGGAAUCGACCAGAUCGUGAUGGUGGUGCUGAGAUAACUGGAUAUUUGGUGGAAUAUCAAGAAGAGGGUGCAGAUGAAUGGACAAAGUUCCAGACAGUCCCUAUGCUAGACUGUGUUGUUACAGGCCUACAAAAAGGAAAAAUAUACAAAUUCCGUGUGAAAGCUCAGAAUAUUGUUGGUCUCAGCCUUCCCGAUACAACUAUACCAAUAGAGUGUCAAGAAAAACUAGUACCUCCAUCUGUGGAACUAGAUGUGAAGUUAAUUGAAGGUCUUGUUGUUAAAGCUGGCACCACAGUGCGACUUCCAGCAAUUAUGAGAGGUGUGCCAGUUCCCACUGCAAAAUGGGUUACUGAUGACACUGAAAUUAAACCAGAUGGCAAAUACAAGAUUGAGACUGACAAUUAUUCAACCGUGCUUACUAUCAAAGACUGUAUAAGAAAAGAUACAGGAGAAUAUCUACUCACAGUAUCUAAUGCAGCUGGCAGCAAAACUGUGGCUCUGCACCUUACAGUUUUGGAUGUUCCUGGCCCACCAACUGGUCCUAUUAAUAUUCUUGAAGUAACACCAGAACACAUGGUUAUUUCUUGGCGCCCUCCUAAAGAUGAUGGUGGGAGUCCUAUAAUUAAUUAUAUUGUUGAGAAGCGUCAAUCAAAGAAAGAAACUUGGGGAGUGGUUAGCUCUGGAACAAGUCACACAAAAAUUAAGGUUCCACGACUGCAGAAAGGCUGUGAAUAUAUUUUCCGUGUUCGUGCAGAAAAUAAGAUAGGCAUCGGUGCACCCCUUGAUUCAGAACCAACAGUUGCUAAAUAUAUGUUUGAUCCACCAUCCCCACCCGGUAAACCAACUGUUUAUGAUAUUACAGAAAAUGCUGCAACAGUGUCUUGGACCCUACCAAAAUCUGAUGGUGGAACUCCAAUAACUGGUUAUAUACUUGAACGUCGGGAAGCAUCUGGUAAAUGGGUGCGUGUCAACAAGACACCUAUACUUGAUAUGAAAUACAGAGUCACUGGUCUUUUUGAAGGCAACACAUAUGAAUUCAGAGUUUUUGCAGAAAACAUGGUGGGUUUAAGCAAACCAUCUCCAAGCUCUGAUCCAAUAAAAGCAUCACGUCCAAUCACUCCUCCUGGACCACCUAUAAAUCCAAAAUUAAAAGACAAAACUAAAGAAACAGCUGAUCUUGUGUGGACAAAGCCACUCAAAGAUGGUGGCAGCCCAAUUCUAGGAUACAUUGUGGAAUGUCAGAAAACUGGAACUACACAGUGGAAUAGGAUUAAUAAGGAUGAACUAAUUAGACAGUGUGCUUUCAGAGUACCUGGAUUAAUAGAAGGAAAUGAGUAUAAGUUCCGAAUAAAAGCUGUCAACAUUGUGGGAGAAGGAGAACCAAGAGAACUGCCAGAAACUGUACUUGCAAAGGAUAUCCUUUCUCCUCCAGAAAUAAGCCUAGAUGUGACCUGUCGAGAUUUAAUUACUGUCCGAGUAGGUCAAACAAUACGUAUUACUGGUAAGGUAAAAGGCAGGCCAGAUCCUGAAAUAACAUGGUCUAAAGAUGGCAAAGUACUAGUCCAAGAAAAGCAUGUUGAGAUACUCCAUGAUCUACCAAAUGUUGAACUGCAAGUGAAAGAAGCCAAAAGAGCUGAUCAUGGCAAAUAUGUAAUAGCAGCUAAGAACAGCUGUGGACAGGCUCAAGCUUUUGCUAUUGUUAAUGUACUUGACAGACCUGGACCAUGUCAGAACCUGAAAAUAAGCUAUGUCACAAAAGACUCUUGUAUGAUUGCUUGGGAGAGUCCAGUGGAUAAUGGUGGCUCUGAAAUUACAAAUUACAUAGUAGAGUACCGCCAACCAAAUCAAAGGGGAUGGUCAAUUGUCUCCUCUGAUAUCACUAAACGAUUAGUAAAGGCAAAUCUUGUAGAGAACCGUGAAUACUUCUUCAGAGUUUGUGCAGAAAACAAAAUAGGUCCGGGUCCUUGCAUUGAGACCAAGACUCCCAUCCUUGCCAUCAAUCCUAUUGACAAGCCUGGAGAGCCAGAAAAUCUUCACAUUGCAGAGAAAGGGAAGACAUUUGUGUAUCUGAAAUGGAGAAGGCCAGAUUAUGAUGGUGGAAGUCCCAACCUAAGUUAUCAUGUUGAGAGAAAAUUGAAAGAGUCAGAUGAAUGGGAAAGGGUUCACAAAGGCAGCAUUAAGGAGACACACUACAUGGUAGAUAAAUGUGUGGAAAAUAAGAUUUACCAAUUCCGAGUUCAAACCAAGAAUGAGGCUGGUGAAAGUGGCUGGGUAAAAACAGAGGAAGUUGUUGUGAAGGAAGAUCUGCAGAAGCCAGUGCUAGACUUGAAGUUAAGUGGAGUUUUAACUGUGAAAGCAGGUGACACAAUUAGAAUUGAGGCUGGAGUCAGAGGAAAACCACAGCCUGAAGUUGUAUGGACAAAAGACAAAGAUGCCACGGAUCUCACCAGAUCUCCAAGAGUCAGUAUUGAAACAACUUCUGACACAUCGAAGUUUGUUCUCACAAAAUCAAGGCGCAGUGAUGGCGGGAAAUAUGUGAUUACUGCAACUAACACAGCUGGUAACUUCGUGGCAUAUGCUACUGUUAUUGUCUUGGAUAAACCUGGUCCUGUAAGAAACUUAAAAGUCACGGACAUUUCAAGUGAUAGAUGUACUGUUACUUGGGACCCUCCAGAAGAUGAUGGUGGUUGUGAAAUACAGAACUACAUCCUGGAAAAAUGUGAAAGCAAGCGUAUGGUUUGGUCUACAUUCUCUUCGUCUGUCCUAACAAACUAUGCAAAAGUGACACGCCUCAUUGAAGGCAAUGAAUAUAUAUUCAGAGUGCGUGCAGAGAAUAAAAUGGGCACUGGUCCACCAACAGAAACACACCCAAUUAUUGCAAAAACAAAAUAUGAUAGACCUGGACGCCCCGACCCUCCAGAUGUCACAAGAGUUAGCAAAGAAGAGAUGACUGUAGUUUGGAAUCCACCAGAAUACGAUGGUGGCAAAUCAAUUACAGGAUACAUUUUAGAGAAGAAAGAGAAACGAUCACUAAGAUGGGUUCCUGUUACUAAGACUGCAAUCCCAGAGAGACGCAAGAAGGUAACUAAUCUCUUCCCCGGUCAUGAAUAUCAGUUCCGCGUCAGUGCUGAAAAUGAAGUCGGACUUGGAGAACCAAGCUUGCCAUCAAGACCUGUAGUAGCCAAAGACCCAAUAGAACCACCUGGUCCUCCCACAAACUUGAGAGUGGUUGAUAGCACAAAGACUUCCAUAACCCUGGGCUGGGGAAAACCAGUGUAUGAUGGUGGUGCUCCAAUUAUUGGAUAUGUUGUGGAAAUUAGACCAAAAGUGGAGGGUGCUGAUCCUGAAGCAGGAUGGAAACGAUGUAAUGUUGCUGCCCAGGUUAUUCACACAGAAUUUACAGCCACCAGCCUGGAUGAGAAGCAAUUAUAUGAGUUCAGAGUUUCUGCCCAAAACCAGGUUGGCCUUGGUCGGCCAGCUGAACUGAAAGAAGCUGUAUCUCCCAAAGAAAUUCUUGAACCUCCUGAGAUUGAGUUGGAUGCAAGCAUGAGAAAGUUAGUCACAGUCAGGGCUGGAUGCCCUAUCAGGCUUUUUGCCAUUGUUAGGGGCCGCCCAGCACCAAAAGUCACCUGGAGGAGAAUGGGUGUUGAUAAUGUCAUCAGAAAAGGACUAGUUGAUCUGGUUGACACUAUGGCCUUCUGUGUCAUUCCUGAUUCAACACGUGAUGACUCAGGCAAAUAUUCACUGACACUUGUUAAUGCAGCUGGAGAAAAGGCUGUAUUUGUGAAUGUCAGAGUCCUGGAUACUCCUGGACCUGUGUCAGACUUCAAGGUUUCAGAUGUCACCAAGAUGUCAUGCCAUCUUUCAUGGGCACCUCCAGAGAAUGAUGGGGGUAGCCCAGUGACUCAUUACAUCCUGCAGAAACGUGAGGCUGACAGAAAGACCUGGGCAACAGUCACUGCAGAACUAAAGAAAACUAGUUUCCAAAUAGCAAACCUUGUACCUGGAAAUGAAUAUUAUUUUAGAGUGACAGCAGUAAAUGAAUAUGGGGCAGGUGUUCCAAGUGACAUACCAAAACCAGUUCUAGCAACAGAUCCUCUAAGUGAACCUGAUCCACCAAGAAAACUUGAAGUUACUGAAAUUACAAAGAAUAGUGCUACUUUAGGCUGGCUGCCACCACUGCGUGAUGGAGGCUCUAAAAUUGAUGGGUACAUUGUUAGCUACAAAGAAGAUGACCAACCAGCGGAUCGCUGGACAGAAUAUUCAGUUGUCAAGGAUCUCUCCAUUGUUGUAGCUGGUCUGAAGGAGGGAAAGAAGUACAACUUUAGAGUGGCAGCUAGAAAUGCUGUAGGAGUAAGUUUGCCAAUACAAGCUGAAGGAGCAUUUGAAAUUAAAGAACAACUCAUCCCACCUAAGAUUUUGAUGCCUGAUCACGUUCACAUUAAAGCUGGAAAGAAACUGAGAAUUGAAGCUCAUGUAUAUGGGAAACCUCAGCCUGUCUGUAAAUGGCUGAAAGGAGAUCAAGAUGUAGUUACAUCCAGUCGCCUUGCUGUGCAUAAAGCAGAAAAGUCUUCUGUCCUUAUCAUAAAGGAUGUGACUAGAAAAGAUUCUGAUUUUUACACUCUUACUGCAGAGAAUAGCUCUGGUACUGAUAGUCAGAAAAUCAGAGUGAUAGUCAUGGAUAAACCAGGUCCACCACAGCCUCCAUUUGAUAUUUCUGAAAUUGAUGCUGAUGCUUGCACUCUUUCAUGGCAUAUACCUCUUGAAGAUGGUGGCAGUAACAUUACAAACUAUGUAGUUGAGAAAUGUGAUGUAAGCCGCGGGGACUGGGUAACAGCUUUAUCUUCUGUCACAAAGACAACCUGUAGAAUUGGAAAACUUAUUCCCGGAGAAGAAUAUAUGUUCCGCGUUCGUGCUGAAAAUCGUUUUGGGAUUUCUGAGCCGCUUCCUUCUGCCAAGAUGAUCGCAAGGUUCCCAUUUGAUGUCCCUAGUGAACCAAAGAAUGCACGAAUUACCAAAGUCAAUAAGGACUGCAUUUUUGUUGCUUGGGAUAAGCCAGAUAGUGAUGGAGGCAGUCCAAUUACUGGUUAUCUCAUUGAGCGCAAGGAAAGGAACAGUCUGCUGUGGGUGAAAGCUAAUGACACAGCUGUGCGCUCCACAGAAUACCCUUGUGUGGGGCUCAUCGAAGGUCUUGAGUAUACUUUCAGAAUUUAUGCAUUGAACAGAGCUGGAGCAAGUAAACCUAGUAAACCAACUGAGUUUGUCACAGCAAGAGCACCAGUUGAUCCCCCUGGAAAACCUGAAGUUAUUGAUGUCACUAAGAGUACUGCAUCACUGGUAUGGACAAGACCAAAGCAUGAUGGUGGUAGCAAACUAAUUGGCUACUUUGUGGAAGCUUGCAAAUUACCUGGUGAUAAGUGGGUUCGGUGCAAUACAACUCCACAUCAAAUACCCCUAGAAGAGUACACUGCUACUGGUUUGGAAGAAAAUGCUCAGUAUCAAUUUAGAGCAAUUGCCAAGACAGCAGUUAACAUCAGCCCACCUUCAGAACCUUCUGAUCCAGUGACCAUUCAUCCAGAAAAUGUUCCUCCCAGAAUAGAGUUGGAUCUGUCUAUGCAAUCACAGCUUACAGUAAAAGCUGGAUCUAAUGUGCGCCUGGAGGCAAAUGUAUAUGGCAAGCCGAUGCCAACAAUCACCUGGAAGAAAGAAGGAGAAGUUUUAAAGCCAUCUGAAGGUGUUAAGAUAACUACUAAGAGAAAUCUUGCUACAGUUGAGUUGUUCAGUGUUAACAGGAAGCAAACAGGAGACUACACUAUUACGGCUGAAAAUGCAAGUGGAUCAAAGUCAGCAACCAUUAGGCUUAAAGUACUUGAUAAGCCUGGUCCACCAGCCUCCGUCAAAAUCAAACAUAUGUAUGCAGAUCGUGCAAUGCUUUCUUGGGAGCCUCCUCUGGAAGAUGGAGGUUCAGAAAUUACCAACUACAUUGUAGACAAGCGUGAAACAAGCAGGCCGAACUGGGCCCAGGUCAGUGCCAAUGUACCCAUUACUAGCUGCACAGUGGAGAAACUAAUAGAAGGACAUGAGUACCAGUUCCGCAUAUGUGCUGAAAACAAAUACGGUGUUGGAGACCCUAUCUUGACUGAACCAGCAGUUGCUAAGAAUCCCUAUGAUGUACCCGGACCUUGUGAUCCACCAGUAAUUAGCAAUGUAACGAAAGACUUUAUGACUGUUAGCUGGAAGCCACCAGCUGAUGAUGGUGGAUCCCCAAUAACUGGUUAUAUCCUCGAGAAGCGUGAAACUAAGGCUCUUAACUGGACAAAAGUGAACAGAAAGCCUGUCAUUGAAAGAACUGUUAAAGCUACCGGACUCCAAGAAGGAACAGAAUAUGAGUACCGGGUGAUAGCAUUGAAUAAAGCUGGACCUGGCAAGCCUAGCGCACCAUCUAAAGCAGUGUAUGCUCGUGAUCCUCAAUAUCCUCCUGGCCCACCUGCUUUCCCGAAAGUUGUUGAUACUACUCGUAAUUCAAUAAGCCUGUCAUGGAGCAAACCAGCAUAUGAUGGAGGAAGCCCUAUAAUUGGUUAUCUGGUGGAAUCAAAAAGAGCUGACACAGACAACUGGGUCAGAUGCAAUGUACCAAAGAAUUUACAGGCUACGCAAUUUGUGGUAACAGGACUGAUGGAAGAUACAGAGUACCAGUUCCGCGUUUAUGCUGUCAAUAAGAUUGGAUACAGCGACCCAAGUGAUGUUCCUGAUAAACAUACUGCCAAAGACAUUUUAAUUCCACCUGAAGGAGAACUUGAUGCAGAACUAAGGAAAGUCCUUGUGUUGCGUGCUGGAGUCACAAUGAGACUUUAUGUGCCCGUAAGAGGACGUCCACCUCCAAAAAUUACAUGGUCUAAAGUGGGUGCCAACCUAAGAGAUAGACAAGGAUUAGAUAUCAAGUCAACUGAUUUUGAUACCUUCCUGCGUUGUGAAAAUGUAAAUAAAUAUGAUGCUGGAAAAUAUGUCCUAAGUCUAGAGAACAGCUGUGGCAAAAAGGAGUACACCAUUGUUGUGAAAGUACUUGAUACUCCGGGCCCUCCAGUUAACCUGAUUGUAAAGGAAGCAUCCAAGGAUUCUGCCUACAUUACAUGGGAACCUCCUCUAAUAGAUGGGGGCAGUCCAAUCAAAAAUUAUGUUGUUGAAAAGCGUGAUGCAGAAAGAAAAUCAUGGUCCACAGUAACAACAGAAUGUCCAAAGACAAGCUACAGGAUAACUAACUUAGAAGAAGGCAAAUCUUACUUCUUCAGAGUUUUUGCUGAAAAUGAAUAUGGUAUUGGUGAUCCCUGUGAAACUCGUGAUGCUGUUAAAGCUUCUGAAACACCUGGGCCAGUUGUGGAUCUAAAAGCUUCAGCUGUAACAAAAUCAUCAUGCAAUUUGGUAUGGAAAAAACCUAUCAGUGAUGGUGGAAGCCGUAUUAUUGCAUAUAUUGUUGAGGUCCUGAUUGGUGAAGAUAAAUGGCAAGAAGUCAUGCGGGGAAAGAACCUCCAUUUUUCAAUGAGAGACCUAAAAGAAGGACAGGAAUACACUUUCAGAGUGAGAGCCCAAAAUGAUGCUGGAUAUGGAACUCCAUCAGAGCUCACAAUUGUAGCAAGAGAUGAUGUUGUGGCACCUGAACUUGACUUAAGAGAUCUACCUGAUUUGUGCUAUAUAGCUAAAGAAGGUAGCAAUUUCCGUCUUAAAAUCCCUAUGAAAGGCAAGCCUGUCCCAACUGUAACUUGGAAGAAGGAUGAAGACCAAGCACUUACUGAGAGUGGAAGAGUUGCAUUUGAAUCUACAGCAGUUAACACCACUCUCGUAGUACAUGACUGCCAGAAAGCUGAUGCUGGAAAAUACACAAUAACUCUGAAGAAUGUUGUUGGCAGUAAGGAAGGCACUAUUUUUGUGAAAGUUGUUGGCAAACCUGGCAUACCAACAGGUCCAGUGAAAUUUGAAGAAGUCACAGCUGAUGCCAUAACCUUAAAGUGGGGCCCUCCAAAAGAUGAUGGUGGUUCAGAAAUCACUAACUAUGUUCUAGAGAAGAGAGAUAAUGUAAAUAACAAGUGGGUGACUUGUGCCUCUGCAGUCCAGAAAACAACUUUUAGAGUUACAAGACUUCAUGAAGGAAAUGAAUAUACAUUCAGGAUCAGGGCUGAAAAUAAAUAUGGAGUAGGUGAAGGCCUUAAAUCUGACCCUGUCAUUGCAAAACAUCCAUUUGAUGUGCCAGAUGCUCCUCCACCCCCCACCAUUGUUGCUGUUCGGCAUGAAUCUGUAGCUUUAACUUGGACUGAUCCCAGAAGAACUGGAGGAUCACCAAUCACAGGUUAUCACAUUGAAGUUAAAGAAAGAAAUAGUCUUCUGUGGAAGAGAGCAAAUACAACACCAAUAAGAAUGAAAGAUUUCAGAGUGACAGGGUUAACUGAAGGUCUGGAAUAUGAAUUCAGAGUAAUGGCAAUCAAUAUGGCUGGAGUAGGUAAACCAAGUCUUCCAUCUGAACCAGUUGUGGCACUUGAUCCUAUUGAUCCCCCUGGGAAACCUGAAGUUAUCAAUGUAACCAGGAACUCAGUAACACUCAUUUGGACAGAACCAAAAUAUGAUGGUGGACAUAAAUUAACUGGCUACAUUGUUGAAAAGCGUGAUUUACCCAAAAAGACUUGGACAAAAGCUAAUCACGUGAAUGUUCCAGACUGUGCAUUUACAGUAACUGACCUUAUUGAAGGCUCCAAAUAUGAGUUCAGAAUUAGAGCAAAGAACACAGCUGGAGCUAUCAGUCCUCCAUCUGAAUCCACAGGAACCAUAAUAUGCAAGGAUGAGUAUGAGGCACCAAGCAUUGUUCUGGAUCCUCCUUUGAAAGAAGGUUUAACAGUAAAAGCAGGAGACACCAUUACACUGUCUGCUAUUAGUAUCCGUGGCAAACCACCUCCAACUUCAGCAUGGUCAAAAGCUGGAAAAGAUUUUAGACCUUCAGAGCUUGUGCACAUUGAAACCAAACCAACUUCUUCUACUCUAACUGUCAAAUAUGCAGCCAGAAAAGAUUCUGGAGAAUACACAAUCACUGCAACCAAUCCUUUUGGCACUAAGCAGGAGAGUGUACAAGUGAAAGUUUUAGAUAUACCAGGACCUCCAGGGCCUAUUGAGAUCAGCAAUGUUUCAGCAGAAAAAGCAACUCUUACAUGGUCACCUCCUGCAGAAGACGGUGGAUCACCAGUCAAAUCAUAUGUUCUUGAAAAGAGAGAAACUAGUCGACUGCUCUGGACAUUGGUUGCUGAAAAUAUUGAAACCUGUAGGCAUGUUGUUAGCAAGCUCAUUCAAGGAAAUGAAUAUGUUUUCCGUGUCUCAGCAGUAAAUCAAUAUGGCAAGGGUGAACCAGUACAAUCAGAACCAGUUAAAAUGGUGGAUAGAUUUGGUCCUCCAGGCCCUCCUGGUAAACCAGAAGUAACAAAUGUGACUAAAAAUACUGUCACAGUUACCUGGAAAAGGCCAGUUGAUGAUGGUGGAAGUGAAAUCACAGGUUACCAUGUGGAGCGGAGAGAAAAGAAAGGUUUAAGAUGGGUUAGAGCAACAAAGAAACCAGUUUCAGAUCUUAGAUGCAAAGUAACUGGUCUUCAGGAAGGAAAUGAAUAUGAAUUCCGUGUCAGUGCAGAAAACAGAGCAGGAGUUGGACCACCAAGCGACACUUCAAACUCAGUCCUAUGCAAAGAUGUUGCAUACCCACCAGGUCCACCUUCAAAUCCAAGGGUGACUGAUACUACAAAGACAAGUGCAUCUUUAGCCUGGGGCAAGCCUCACUAUGAUGGUGGUCUUGAGAUCACUGGCUAUAUAGUGGAGCAUCAAAAGGAAGGAGAAGAAGAAUGGGUAAAAGACAAUAUAGGGACUGCUCUAAGAAUCACUCAGUUUGUUGUAGCUCAUCUGCAAACAGGAGCCAAAUACAAUUUCAGAAUCUCUGCCAUGAAUGCUGCAGGUGUUGGUGAACCAGUAAUAAUUCCAAGUGUGGAAAUCAAAGACCGAGAAGAGAUUCCUGACUUUGAAUUAGAUGCUGAGCUAAGAAGAACACUUGUUGUUAGAGCUGGAUUAACUAUUCGGAUUUUUGUACCAAUUAAAGGGCGUCCAACUCCAGAAGUUACAUGGACAAAAGAUGAUGUUUCACUCAAAGGACGUGCCAGUAUUGAAAAUACCGACUCCUUUACACUGUUGAUUGUCACAGAGUGCACCAGAUAUGAUGCAGGAAAAUACGUAAUGACUCUUGAAAAUGCUGCUGGUAAGAAGACUGGCUUUGUAAAUGUAAAAGUUUUGGAUACACCAGGUCCACCCAUAAACCUUAAGCCUAGAGAAAUAACCAAAGACAGCAUCACCCUCCAGUGGGAUAUGCCUCUGGUAGAUGGAGGUUCCCGUAUAACAAACUAUAUUGUUGAGAAACGUGAAUCAACUCGGAAGGCGUAUUCAACAGUCACAACCAACUGCCAGAAGUGUUCCUUCAGGGUUCCUAAUUUGGCUGAGGGUAGUGAAUACUAUUUCAGAGUACUGGCUGAAAAUGAGUACGGUAUUGGUGAACCAGCUGAAACUGCAGAACCAGUAAGAGCUUCUGAGGCACCAUCCCCACCUGAGAGCCUUAAUAUUAUGGAUGUAACACGGAACUCAGUUAGCUUAGCUUGGCCAAAACCAGAACAUGAUGGUGGCAGCAAGAUCACUGGAUAUGUAAUUGAAGCACAGAGAAAAGGAACCAACCAGUGGGCACACAUCACCACUGUAAAAACACUGGACUGUGUAGUAAAGAAUUUAACUGAAAAUGAAGAGUAUACUUUCCAGGUUAUGGCAGUUAACAGUGCUGGAAGAAGUGCCCCAAGAGAAAGCAGGCCAGUUAUUAUCAAGGAGCAAACUAUGCUCCCUGAGUUUGACCUCCGUGCUAUCUAUCAGAAAACAGUCAUUGCCAAAGCUGGUGACAAUAUCAAGAUAGAAAUCCCUGUACUUGGUCGUCCAAGGCCUGCAGUGACUUGGAAGAAAGAAGACCAGAUACUUAAGCAAACACAAAGGGUAAAUUAUGAAAAUACUGCAACUGCAACCAUACUAACCAUCAAUGAAUGUAUUCGAAGUGAUAGUGGCCAAUACCCUCUGUCAGCUAAAAAUAUUGUUGGAGAAGUUAGUGAAGUAAUCACAGUUCAGGUUCAUGACAUACCCGGGCCUCCUACUGGACCAAUCAAAUUUGAUGAAAUUUCAUCUGAUUCCCUAACAUUCUCAUGGGAGCCUCCUUUGGAUGAUGGUGGUGUACCAAUAAGUAACUAUGUUAUAGAAAUGCGUCAAACUGACAGUACCACGUGGACUGAAUUGGCAACUACAGUGAUACGUACUACAUUUAAAGCCAUUCGUCUUACUACUGGAGUUGAGUAUCAGUUCCGUGUUAGAGCCCAAAACAGAUAUGGAAUUGGUCCAGCCAUUACUUCAGGGUCUGUAGUUGCCAACUACCCAUUUAAGGUACCUGGGCCUCCUGGCACUCCUCAGGUGAUAGCAGUCACCAAAGAAACGAUGACCAUUAGCUGGAAUGAGCCAGUUACUGAUGGUGGAAGUCCUAUACUGGGAUAUCAUGUUGAAAGAAAAGAGAGAAACAGCAUUCUUUGGCAGACUGUAAGCAAAAUGCUGGUAUCAGGCAAUAUCUUUAAAUCAUCUGGACUCACCGAUGGCAUUGCAUAUGAAUUCCGUGUAAUAGCAGAAAAUCUGGCUGGGAAGAGUAAGCCAAGCAAGCCAUCUGAGCCUGUGUUUGCUCUGGACCCAAUAGAUCCUCCUGGUAAGCCAAUACCUCUGAACAUUACAAGACAUGCAGUUACACUGAAGUGGACUAAACCAGAAUAUAAUGGAGGUUUUAAGAUAACUGGCUACACUGUUGAAAAAAGAGACCUUCCUAAUGGCCGUUGGCUGAAGGCUAAUUUCAGCAACAUACUGGAGACUGAAUUCACUGUAAGUGGUUUGACAGAAGACGCUGCCUAUGAAUUCCGUGUGAUUGCUAGGAACGCCGGUGGAGCUGUUAGUCAGCCCUCUGAGCCAUCAGAUGCAAUCACUUGUAGAGAUGACAUUGAAGCCCCAAGGAUAAAAGUGGAUGCUAAGUACAAAGACACCUUAGUGCUGAAAGCAGGUGAACUUUUCAGACUUGAGGCUGAUGUUUCAGGUCGCCCUCCACCAACUAUGACAUGGACAAAGGGAGAAAAAGAACUUGAAGACACAGCAAAAUUAGAAAUAAAAAUAGCAGAUUUCUCUACUGUACUUAUCAAUAAAGAUUCCUCAAGAAGAGACGGUGGUGCUUAUACACUUACUGCAACAAAUCCUGGUGGCUUUGCCAAGCAUAUCUUCAAUGUUAAAGUUCUUGAUAGACCUGGUCCCCCAGAAGGGCCUUUGGCUGUGUCUGAAGUCACUGCAGAAAAAUGUGUGGUGUCAUGGCUACCCCCACUGGAUGAUGGAGGAGCAAAGAUUGACCAUUAUGUGGUUGAAAAACGAGAAACCAGUAGAUUGGCAUGGACAGCUGUAGCCACAGAAGUUCCAGUGACUAAACUGAAGGUUACUAAGCUGCUGAAGGGCAAUGAGUAUGUGUUCCGAGUUAUGGCUGUUAACAAGUAUGGAGUUGGUGAGCCUCUGGAAUCAGAACCUGUUCUUGCAGUAAAUCCAUAUGUGCCACCUGAUCCACCUAAAACACCUGAGGUUACAGCAAUUACAAAAGACUCCAUGGUUGUCUGUUGGGGCCAUCCUGAUUCUGAUGGUGGGAGCCCAAUAACUAACUAUAUUGUGGAACGCCGAGACAGGGCUGGUCUACGGUGGGUGAAAUGCAACAAAAGGGUUGUUACUGACUUACGUUAUAAAGUGUCUGGACUGACAGAAGGCCAUGAAUAUGAAUACAGAGUCAUGGCUGAAAAUGCUGCUGGAGUCAGUGAGCCAAGUCCAACCAGUCCAUUCUAUAAAGCCUGUGAUACUGUAUUUAAGCCUGGUCCCCCAGGUAAUCCUCGUGUUUUGGAUAGCAGCAAGUCCUCAAUUACAAUAGCAUGGAACAAACCAAUAUAUGAUGGUGGUUCAGAGAUCACAGGUUACAUGGUUGAGAUUGCACUACCUGAAGAAGAUGAGUGGAAGAUUGUAACUCCACCAAUAGGUCUAAAGGCCACUUCUUUUACCAUCACUGAUCUGAAAGAAAAUCAAGAGUAUAAAAUAAGGAUAUAUGCUAUGAACUCUGAAGGUCUUGGAGAACCUGCUCUUGUUCCUGGGACUCCAAAAGCUGAAGAAAGAAUGCUACCUCCAGAGAUUGAACUUGAUGCAGAACUACGUAAAGUUGUCACUAUUAGAGCCUGCUGUACUCUAAGGCUCUUUGUCCCAAUUAAAGGAAGACCAGCACCUGAAGUAAAAUGGACAAGAGAACAUGGGGAAUCUUUGGAUAGAGCUAGCAUUGAAUCAACAAGCUCUUACACUUUACUUAUCAUUGAAAAUGUGAAUAGAUUUGAUAGUGGCAAAUACAUACUGACAGUUGAAAACAGCUCAGGUAGUAAGUCAGCAUUUGUGAAUGUCAGAGUUCUUGAUACUCCAGGGGCACCUCAAGAUUUGAAAAUAAAAGAAGUUACAAAAUCUUCAGUUACACUCACAUGGGAACCUCCUCUCAUAGAUGGUGGCUCUAAAAUAAAAAAUUACAUUGUUGAAAAGCGUGAAUCAACAAGAAAAGCUUAUUCAACUGUUAAUGCCAAUUGCCACAAGACCAGCUGGAAAGUUGAUUCACUGCAAGAAGGCUGCAACUACUACUUCAGAGUCUUAGCUGAAAAUGAAUAUGGAAUAGGCCUUCCAGUUGAAACUUCAGAAUCCGUAAAAGUAUCAGAAAGACCACUUCCACCAGGGAAAAUAACUUUGUUGGAUGUGACAAGAAAUAGCGUAUCCUUAUCUUGGGAAAAACCUGAACAUGAUGGUGGAAGCAGAAUUCUGGGCUACAUUGUAGAAAUGCAAAGCAAAGGCAGUGAGAAGUGGUCAACCUGUGCUACAGUAAAAGUUACUGAAGCCACCAUCACAGGACUGAUCCAAGGUGAAGAAUACACCUUCCGUGUUUCAGCUCAGAAUGAGAAAGGUAUCAGUGAUCCUCGCCAGCUGGGUAUACCAGUUGUUGCAAAAGAUCUUGUCAUUCCACCAGCUUUCAAACUACUAUUUACCACUUUCAGUGUUCUAGCAGGAGAGGACUUAAAGGUUGAUGUUCCUUUUGUUGGUCGACCCAAACCAGCAGUGCUUUGGCAUAAAGACAAUGUGGCAUUGAAGCAGACUACAAGAGUAAAUGCAGAAAGUUCAGAAAACAACACAGUGUUAACAAUAAAAGAAGCAUGCAGAGAAGAUGUGGGGGCAUAUUUAGUUAAACUUACAAACUCUGCCGGUGAAGCAACUGAGACCUUAAAUAUUGUUGUCCUUGACAAACCAGGACCUCCAACUGGACCAGUAAAAGUAGAUGAAGUAACAGCAGAUAGUAUUACCAUUUCCUGGGAACCACCCAAAUAUGAUGGUGGUAGCUCUAUCAAUAAUUAUAUUGUAGAGAGAAGAGACACUUCUACCACAACUUGGCACAUUGUGUCAGCUACUGUUGCAAGAACAACUAUAAAAGCAUGUCGUUUAAAGACUGGCUGUGAAUAUCAGUUCAGAAUCGCAGCUGAAAACAGAUAUGGGAAGAGUACAUAUCUCACUUCAGAGUCAAUCAUAGCCCAAUACCCAUUUAAAGUUCCCGGUCCACCUGGAACACCUUUUGUAACAAAUACCUCAAAAGACAGCAUGGUGGUACAAUGGAAUGAACCAGUCAAUGAUGGCGGUAGCAGGAUCAUUGGGUAUCAUUUGGAGCGCAAAGAAAGAAACAGCAUUCUGUGGGCUAAACUGAAUAAAACACCUAUUCCAGAUACCAAAUUUAAGACAACUGGUCUUGAGGAAGGUCUUGAAUAUGAGUUUAGAGUCUAUGCAGAAAACAUAGUGGGAAUUGGAAAGGCAAGUAGAGGAUCUGAAUGCUAUACUGCACGUGAUCCAUGUGACCCUCCAGGUCGUCCAGAACCUGUAAUUGUCACAAGAAGCUCAGUAACACUUCAGUGGAAGAAACCUAUAUAUGAUGGUGGAAGUAAGAUCACAGGCUAUGUUGUUGAAAAGAAGGAAUUACCUGAUGGCCGUUGGAUGAAAGCAAGCUUUACAAAUGUAAUUGAUACUCAGUUUGAAGUAACUGGUUUAGUCGAAAAUCAGAGAUAUGAGUUCCGUGUUAUAGCACGAAAUGCUGCAGGUGUUUUCAGUGAACCAUCUGAGAGCUCAGGGGCAAUUACAGCAAGAGAUGAAGUAGAACCACCCCAUAUAAGUAUGGAUCCAAAAUACAAAGACACUAUUGUAGUGAACGCUGGUGAGUCAUUCAAGCUUGAUGCUGAUGUUCAUGGUAAACCAAUACCUUCCAUUCAGUGGUUAAAAGGCGAUCGUGAGCUGACAAGCACUGCUCGCAUGGAAAUAAAAAGUACCGAUUUUGCAACAAGCCUUAGUGUGAAGGAAGCCACUAGAGUUGACAGUGGUCAGUAUGUCCUACUGGCAAAGAACGUUGCAGGUGAAAAGAAGGUUCCUGUUAACGUCAAAGUUCUUGAUAGACCUGGACCACCAGAAGGACCUGUUGAGAUUACCGGUGUUACCGCUGAAAAAUGCACACUGUCAUGGAAACCACCACUGCAAGAUGGUGGUAGUGAUAUUUCACACUACGUUGUAGAAAAAAGGGAAACCAGUCGCUUGGUGUGGACCGUUGUUGACUCAAAUGUGCAAACCCUAAAUUGCAAAGUUACCAAACUUUUAGAAGGAAAUGAGUAUGUUUUCCGCAUCAUGGCAGUAAAUAAAUACGGUGUUGGUGAACCUCUUGAAUCUGAACCAGUACUCGCAAAGAACCCAUUUUCAGUACCACUUCCACCAAAGGCACCAGAAGUCACAGCCGUUACCAAGGAUUCUAUGAUAGUUGUAUGGGAAAGGCCAGCCUCUGAUGGUGGCAGUGAAAUCCUAGGUUAUGUUCUUGAAAAACGAGAUAAGGAAGGUGUUCGCUGGACAAGAUGUAACAAACGCCUGAUCAGUGAACUACGAUACAGAGUGACUGGUCUUAUAGAAAAUCAUGAUUAUGAGUACAGAGUUUCAGCUGAAAAUGCUGCUGGUCUUAGUGAACCAAGCCCACCUUCCACUUACUACAAAGCAUGUGAUCCUAUUUACAAGCCAGGUCCACCCAAUAAUCCUAAAGUUGUGGAUGUUACAAGAUCUUCCGUUUUCCUUUCAUGGGGUAAACCUAUCUAUGAUGGUGGCUCUGAAAUUCAGGGAUACAUUGUGGAAAAAUGUGAUGUAAGCGAUGGUGAAUGGGCAAUUUGUACCCCUCCAACUGGAAUUAAGAAUACCCACAUGGAAGUAGAAAAAUUAGUGGAAAAACAUGAAUACAAAUUCCGCAUAUGUGCAGUUAAUAAAGCAGGAGUUGGAGAGCAUGCAGACGUUCCUGGUUCUGUUAUUGUAGAAGAAAAGAUGGAGGCACCAGACCUUGACCUUGACAUGGAAUUACGGAAGAUUGUAAAUGUGAGGGCAGGAGGUUCUUUAAGACUGUUUGUUCCCAUCAGAGGUCGUCCAACACCUGAAGUAAAAUGGGGUAAAGUAGAUGGUGACAUCAGAGAAGCAGCUAUUAUUGAUACCACUAGCAGCUUUACUUCCCUUGUUCUAGACAAUGUUAACAGAUUUGAUACUGGAAAGUAUACUCUGACCUUGGAAAACAGCAGUGGAACAAAGUCUGCCUUUGUCAGUGUAAGAGUACUGGAUACCCCGAGUGCACCCAUUAAUUUAAAGAUCAGAGAGAUCACUAAAGACUCUGUUUCGCUUUCAUGGGAGCCUCCUCUCUUGGACGGUGGAGCGAAAAUAAAGAAUUUCAUUAUUGAAAAACGUGAAGCAACAAGAAAGGCAUAUGCAGCUGUUGUAACAAACUGCCACAAGACUUCAUGGAAAGUAGAUCAACUUCAGGAGGGCUGCUAUUACUUCUUUAGAAUUUCUGCUGAGAAUGAAUAUGGAAUUGGCCUCCCUGCAGAAACCAGUGACCCAAUUAAAGUUGCUGAAGUUCCACAGCCUCCUGGGAAAAUAACAGUGGAUGAUGUCACAAGAAACAGUGUCUCACUAAGCUGGGCAAAACCUGAACAUGAUGGUGGUAGCAAAAUCAUACAAUACAUUGUUGAAAUGCAAGCAAAGGGUAGUGAGAAGUGGUCAGAGUGUGCUCGUGUAAAAACACUUGAAGCAGUUAUUACUAACCUAACUCAAGGGGAAGAAUAUCUUUUCAGAGUAAUGGCUGUAAAUGAAAAGGGUAAGAGCGAUCCUAGAGCACUUGCAGUUCCAAUAGUUGCCAAAGACUUAGUGAUUGAACCUGAUGUAAGACCUGCUUUUCACAGUUACAGUGUUCAAGUGGGACAAGAUCUGAAAGUAGAAAUACCAAUUGCAGGUCGACCUAAACCAACUGUUACAUGGGUAAAAGAUGGCCAGCCAUUAAGGCAGACAACAAGAGUCAACGUAAGUGAUUCAACUGAUCUCACUAUACUGAAUCUUAAGGAAACUAGCAAAGAGGACAGUGGUACUUAUGAAAUCACCGUGGCUAAUGUUGUUGGGCAAAAGUCUGCCUCUAUUGACGUUAUAACUCUAGACAAACCUGACCCUCCAGUAGGGCCUGUGAAGUUUGAUGAAAUAAGUGCAGAAAGUAUUACUCUAUCAUGGAAUCCCCCAGCAUACACAGGAGGCUGCCAAAUCACCAACUAUAUUGUUCACAAGAGAGAUACAACAACCACUGUAUGGGAAACAGUUUCAGCUACUGUUGCAAGAACUACACUGAAGGUGACUAAACUGAAAACUGGUUCAGAAUACCAGUUCAGAAUAUUUGCUGAGAACAGGUAUGGGCAGAGUUUUGCAUUGGAAUCUGCACCAGUUGUAGCACAGUACCCCUACAAGGAACCAGGACCUCCUGGCACACCAUUUGUGACCACAGUUACAAAAGACUCCAUGGUUGUACAGUGGCAUGAACCAGUAAAUGAUGGUGGCAGUAGAGUGUUGGGCUACCAUCUUGAGAGAAAGGAGAAAAACAGCAUUUUAUGGACUAAAGUUAACAAGACUAUUAUUCAGGACACAAGUUUUAAGACAAAUAACCUCGAAGAAGGAAUUGAAUAUGAGUUUCGAGUUUCUGCGGAAAAUAUUGUUGGUGUAGGCAGAACAAGUAAAGUUUCUGAGUGCUACGUAGCUCGGGAUCCAUGUGAUCCUCCAGGUCGCCCAGAGGCUAUAAUAAUAAAAAGAAGCUCUAUUACUCUACAAUGGACCAAACCAGAAUAUGAUGGUGGAAGUAAGAUUACUGGUUAUAUUGUAGAGAAACGUGACUUACCAGAUGGUCGCUGGAUGAAAGCCAGCUUCACAAAUAUCAUUGAAACUCAGUUCACUGUAACAGGGCUUACUGAAGACCAAAGAUAUGAAUUUAGAGUAAUUGCAAAGAAUGCUGCAGGUGCAAUAAGCAAACCUUCUGACAGUACAGGUCCAAUAACAGCAAGGGAUGAAGUUGAACUUCCACGAAUUUCAAUGGAUCCGAAGUACAAAGACACAAUUGUUGUAAAUGCUGGUGAAACAUUCAGACUUGAUGCUGAUGUUCACGGAAAGCCACUACCAACCAUUAAGUGGUACAAAGGAGAUAAAGAGCUUGAGGAAACUUCUAGAUGUGAGAUUAAGAACACAGAUUUCAGUGCAUUAAUAGUUGUAAAAGAUGCUAUUAGAGUUGAUGGUGGACAGUACAUUUUAGAAGCCUCUAACGUUGCUGGAACAAAGACAGUAACGGUAAACGUAAAAGUCCUGGACAGGCCAGGACCUCCAGAGGGCCCAGUCCAAGUGACAGGAGUCACAGCUGAAAAAUGUGCAUUGGCAUGGUCUCCUCCUCUUCAUGAUGGUGGCAGUGAUAUUUCUCAUUAUAUUGUAGAGAAGAGAGAAACUAGUCGCUUGGCAUGGACUGUGGUUGCUUCAGAGGUUUUACCUACAAUGCUGAAAGUAACAAAACUCUUGGAAGGAAAUGAGUAUGUCUUCCGUAUUAUGGCAGUUAACAAAUAUGGAGUUGGUGAGCCAUUAGAAUCUGUGCCAGUGAUGAUGAAAAAUCCGUUUGUGGUUCCUGGACCACCAAAGGCCUUGGAAAUUACCAACAUCACAAAGGAUUCUAUGACUGUCUGCUGGACCCGGCCAGAGAGUGAUGGUGGUAGUGAAAUCGUUGGUUACAUUGUAGAAAAAAGAGACCGAGCAGGCAUCAGGUGGAUAAAAUGCAAUAAACGCCGAAUUACAGAUUUGCGAUUAAGAGUUACAGGAUUAUCAGAGGAUCAUGAAUAUGAAUUUAGAGUUUCUGCUGAAAAUGCUGCUGGAGUAGGUGAACCCAGCCAAGUUUCUCCUUACUUUAAAGCUUGUGACCCUAUGUUCAAGCCUGGCCCUCCUACAAAUACCCAUGUUGUGGAUACCACCAAAAGUUCAGUUACACUUGGUUGGAGUAAACCUAUUUAUGAUGGUGGUUGUGAAAUCCAGGGAUACCUUGUAGAAAUCUGUAAGGCAGAUGAAGAUGAAUGGUCGCUUGCUACACCACAAACAGGUAUACGUGCUACUCGAUUUGAAAUCAAAAAGCUUACUGAACAUCAAGAAUACAAAUUACGAGUGUGUGCUCUCAACAAGAUUGGUGUAGGAGAGGCUGCAUCAGUUCCUGGCACUGUUAAACCAGAAGACAAACUUGAAGCUCCAGAACUUGAUAUUGAUUCAGAGCUAAGGAAGGGGAUAGUGGUUAGAGCUGGUGGGUCUGCUAGGAUUCACAUACCAUUCAGGGGACGACCAACACCAGACAUCACGUGGUCCCGAGAAGAAGGUGAAUUCACAGAAAAAGUUCAGAUUGAAAAAGGCAUAAACUUCACACAACUUUCAAUUGACAAUUGUGAUAGAAAUGAUGCUGGAAAAUAUAUUCUUAAGUUGGAGAACAGCAGUGGUUCUAAAUCUGCAUUUGUUACAGUUAAAGUCUUGGACACACCAGGACCACCACAAAAUUUAGUGGUAAAGGAUAUAAAGAAGGAUUCUGCUGUAUUAUCUUGGGAACCUCCCAUUAUUGAUGGUGGUGCAAAGGUAAAGAACUAUGUAAUAGACAAGCGUGAGUCAACCAGGAAGGCUUUUGCAAAUGUAAGUGCUAAGUGUGGCAAGACAAGUUUUAAAGUUGAAAAUCUUACAGAAGGAGCAAUUUAUUACUUCAGAGUUAUGGCUGAAAAUGAAUUUGGAAUUGGUGUUCCAGUUGAAACCAGGGAUGCUGUCAAAGCCUCAGAGCCACCUCUGCCUCCUGGGAAAGUAUUACUCACUGAUGUGACUCAGAGAAGUGCAUCACUUACAUGGGAAAAACCUGAACAUGAUGGAGGUAGCAGAAUUUUGGGAUACAUUGUUGAAAUGCUGCCUAAAGGAACAGAAAAAUGGAGUGUUGUUAGUGAGUCCAAAACGUGCAAUGCAGUGGUGUCUGGCUUGAGUCCAGGACAGGAAUAUCAAUUCCGUGUGAUUGCCUACAAUGAAAAAGGGAAAAGUGAUCCUAGAGCACUUGGAAUUCCUGUGAUAGCUAAAGACUUGACAAUUGAGCCAAGUUUCAAACUGAUGUUUAAUACAUACAGCGUGCAAGCUGGAGAAGAUCUAAAGGUAGAAGUACCAUUUAUAGGUAGACCCAAACCUACUAUUACUUGGACAAAAGAUGAGCAGCCACUGAAACAGACAACCAGAUUAAAUAUUCAGGAUACGACAACAUCAACUAUCUUACAUAUUAAAGAAAGCAACAAGGAAGACUUUGGUAAAUAUACAGUAACAGCAACAAAUGCAGCAGGUACAGCAACAGAGCACCUGACCAUAAUUGUACUGGAAAAGCCUGGCCCACCACGAGGACCUGUCCGAUUUGACGAAGUUAGUGCAGACUUUGUUGUUUUAUCAUGGGAUCCACCUGAUUAUACCGGUGGCUGUCAGAUAAGCAACUAUAUAGUAGAAAAGCGUGACACAAGCACUACCACCUGGAGCAUUGUGUCAGCAACUGUUGCAAGAACAACUAUCAAAGCAACAAAGCUUAAAACAGGUACUGAAUACCAGUUCAGGAUUACUGCUGAAAACAGAUAUGGAAAGAGCUCUCCUUUGGCUUCUAAACCAGUUGUUGUGCAAUACCCCUACAAGGUGCCUGGACCACCUGGAACCCCAUUUGUAACAGCAGCUUCCAAAGAUCAUAUGAUUGUACAGUGGCACGAACCAGUUAAUGAUGGAGGAAGCAAAGUUCUUGGCUACCAUCUUGAGCGUAAAGAUAAGAACAGCAUUCUUUGGACAAAACAGAACAAGUCACUCAUUACCGACACCAAAUAUAAAACAGACGGCCUUGAAGAAGGUCUUGAAUAUGAGUUCCGAGUUUCUGCUGAAAACAUUGUUGGCAUUGGCAAAGUCAGCAAAGUAUCAGAACUGUACGUUGCCCGAGAUCCUUGUGACCCACCUGGCCGCCCAGAGGCCAUUGUUGUUACAAGAAGUAAUAUUACACUGCAAUGGAAAAAACCAGAAUAUGAUGGCGGAAGCAAAAUAACUGGUUAUAUUGUAGAAAAGAAAGAACUACCAGAUGGUCGCUGGAUGAAAGCCAGCUUUACAAAUGUGUUGGAAACAGAAUUUACAGUAAGUGGUCUUGUUGAAAACCAACAAUAUGAGUUUAGAGUAAUUGCCAGAAAUGCAGCAGGUUGCUUGAGUGAACCAUCUGAAAGUACAGGGCCCAUUACUGCCAGAGAUGAAAUUGAAGCACCAGGGGCUUCACUAGAUCCCAAAUACAGAGAUGUCAUUGUUGUUCGUGCUGGAGAAACCUUUGUUCUUGAAGCUGAUAUCCAUGGCAAACCUAUUCCUGACAUUUCAUGGUCAAAAGAUGGUAAAGACCUUGAAGAAGCAACUGCAAGAAUGGAAAUUAAAUCUACCAUUCAGAAAACAACUCUCACUGUCAAAGACUGUAUAAGAGUAGAUGGAGGUCACUAUACUCUCAACCUCAAAAAUGUUGGUGGCACCAAAUCUAUACCAAUCACUGUAAAAGUACUCGAUAGACCAGGACCUCCAGAAGGACCUUUGAAGGUUACAGGUGUCACUGCAGAAAAAUGCUACUUGUCAUGGGCUCCACCAUUACAUGAUGGUGGUUCUAGUAUUUCACAUUAUAUCGUUGAGAAGAGAGAGACAAGCAGACUUUCAUGGACACAAGUAGCAACAGAUGUGCAGGCUCUUAACCUCAAAGUAACAAGACUCCUUCCUGGCAAUGAGUACAUUUUCCGUGUAAUGGCAGUGAAUAAAUACGGAAUUGGAGAGCCCUUGGAAUCUGAACCAAUUGUGGCUCGUAAUCCAUACAAACCCCCUGGUCCUCCUUCAACACCUGAAGUUUCAGCAAUCACAAAAGAUUCUAUGGUGGUGACAUGGGGUCGCCCAGAAGACAAUGGAGGAGCUGAGAUUGAAGGUUACAUACUUGAAAAACGAGACAAAGAUGGUAUCCGGUGGACCAAAUGCAAUAAGAAAAGGCUGACAGACUUGCGAUUCAGAGUAACAGGUCUUACUGAUGGACAUUUCUAUGAAUUUAGAGUUUCCGCUGAAAAUGCUGCGGGGGUAGGGGAACCCAGUGAACCAUCCAUUUUCUACCGUGCUUGUGAUGUAUUAUAUCCACCAGGUCCACCCACCAAUCCAAAGGUUACAGAUACUUCCAGGUCAUCAGUUUCCCUUGCGUGGAGUAAACCUAUUUAUGAUGGUGGUGCUCCUGUUAAGGGAUAUGUAGUAGAAGUAAAAGAAGCUGCCGCUGAUGAAUGGACUACCUGCACCCCACCAACAGGUCUACAAGCAAAACAGUUCACCGUGACCAAACUAAAAGAGAACCAGGAGUAUAACUUCCGCAUCUGUGCCAUCAACUCAGAAGGAGUAGGAGAACCUGCUACUAUACCUGGUGCAGUCUUAGCAGAGGACAAGGUUGAACCUCCUGAAAUUGAACUUGAUGCAGAUCUCAGAAAAGUAGUCACUGUACGGGCUAGUGGUACAUUACGCUUGUUUGUCACCAUCAAAGGUAGACCAGAACCUGAAGUUAAAUGGGAGAAAGCAGAAGGAACAAUUAGUGAGCGAGCUCAGAUUGAAGUUACCAGUUCCUAUACAAUGCUGGUCAUUGACAAUGUUAAUAGAUUUGAUAGUGGUAGAUACAAUCUUACAUUAGAGAACAACAGUGGCAAAAAAUCAGCUUUUGUUAAUGUCAGAGUGCUUGAUACACCUAGUGCACCUAUAAACUUGACAAUCAGAGAAGUGAAAAAAGAUUUUGUAGCUUUAGCCUGGGAACCACCACUUAUUGAUGGCGGAGCUAAAAUUACCAACUAUGUAGUUGAAAAGCGAGAAUCCACAAGAAAGGCAUAUGCCACAGUUACAAACAACUGCACUAAGAAUUCCUACAAGAUUACUCAGCUACAGGAAGGAUGUAGUUAUUACUUCCGUGUUCUAGCUGUAAAUGAAUAUGGGGUUGGCUUACCAGCAGAAACAGCUGACCCAAUUAAGGUGUCUGAACCACCUUCUCCACCUGCAAAGGUCAUUCUUGUUGAUGUGACUCGCAACUCUGUUUCCAUUAAAUGGGAGAAACCAGAGAGCGAUGGUGGCAGUAAAAUUACUGGUUAUGUAGUAGAAAUGCAAACUAAAGGAAGUGUAAAAUGGAGUGCAUGCACACAGGUGAAAACAUUAGAAGCAACAAUAACAGGAUUAACUAUGGGAGAAGAGUACAGUUUCAGAGUGAUUGCUGUUAAUGAAAAAGGGAAAAGUGAUCCAAGAGAACUUGGUGUCCCGGUCAUUGCAAAAGAUAUUGAAAUCCAGCCAUCUGUUGAGCUCCUUUUCAACACAUUCACUGUGAAAGCUGGAGAUGAUCUUAAGAUUGAUGUUCCAUUCAGAGGGCGACCUCUUCCAACUGUUAGCUGGAAGAAGGAUGGGAAUCCCUUAAAACAGACAACCAGGGUAAAUGUUCAGACAUCAAAGACUUCAACUUCGCUGUCCAUCAAGGAAGCUUCAAAUGAAGAUUUGGGACAUUAUGAAUUACAUCUUUCAAAUACUGCUGGAUCAACAACAACUUCUUUAACUGUAGUUGUUCUUGACAGACCAGGGCCACCAACUGAUGUUCAUAUUGAUGAAGUUAGUGCUGAUAGUGUCACACUGUCUUGGAAACCUCCAGAAUAUGAUGGUGGGUGCCAUAUUAGCAAUUACAUUGUGGAGAAGAGAGACACUACCACAACAACAUGGGAGGUGGUAUCUGCAGCAGUUGCAAGAACAUCAAUUAAAGUAUCUCGACUCGUCACUGGAUCUGAAUAUCAGUUCCGUAUUUGUGCAGAAAACCGCUACGGGAAAAGCACUUACACUAAUUCUCCUUCUGUGGUAGCAGAGUAUCCAUUUAAGCCUCCGGGUCCACCUGGUACUCCUCAUGUGGUACAUGCAACUAAAGCUUUCAUGAUUGUAACUUGGCAGGUACCAGUUAAUGACGGAGGUAGCGUAGUACUAGGAUAUCACUUGGAGCGUAAGGAAAGAAGCAGCAUUCUUUGGACAAAAGUCAACAAGAGCCUUAUAACUGAUACACAAAUGAAAGUUACAGGUCUUGAUGAAGGACUGAUGUAUGAAUAUCGUGUGUAUGCAGAAAACAUUGCUGGAAUAGGCAAAUGCAGUAAAUCAUGCGAACCAGUUGCUGCAAGAGAUCCAUGUGAUCCUCCCGGUCAACCAGAAGUUACUAAUAUUACAAGAACAUCUGUCUCACUGAAGUGGACUAAACCAGAAUAUGAUGGUGGAGCUAAAGUAACAGGAUAUAUUAUUGAACGCAGAGAGAUACCAGAUGGUCGCUGGCUAAAAUGUAAUUUUACUAAUGUGCAAGAAACAUACUUUGAUGUAGGUGGACUUACAGAAGACCAGCGAUAUGAAUUCCGUGUGAUUGCAAAGAAUGCUGCUGGACUCUUCAGUCAGCCAUCUGAAUCAACUGGACCUGUGACAGUAAAAGAUGAUGUAGAGGCUCCAAGAAUUAUGAUGGAUGCCAAAUUCAGGGAUGUUGUAGUUGUGAAAGCUGGAGAAGUGUUUAAAGUCAAUGCUGAUAUUGCAGGUCGGCCAAUACCAGUGGUUUCAUGGACAAAGGAUGGCAAGGAACUUGAAGGAAAAGCUAGAGUUGAAAUAGUCUCAACAGAUUUUACAACUGCAAUAACCAUUAAGGACUGUAUCCGAAGUGAUUCAGGACAGUAUGUACUAACAUUACAAAAUGUUGCAGGAACAAAAUCUUUGGCAAUUAAUUGCAAAGUACUUGAUAGACCUGGCCCACCUGCAGGCCCAUUAGAAAUAAAAGGCCUUACUGCUGAAAAGUGCCAUUUAUCAUGGGGACCCCCUCAAGAAAAUGGUGGUGCAGAUAUUGAUUAUUAUAUUGUGGAAAAACGUGAGACCAGCAGAAUUGCAUGGACACUUUGUGAAGGAGAGCUUAGAACAACAUCCUGUAAAGUGACAAAAUUACUGAAGGGUAAUGAGUAUAUUUUCAGAGUGAUGGGAGUAAACAAAUAUGGUGUUGGUGAGCCUCUAGAAAGUGUUGCUGUCAAAGCCCUAGACCCAUUUACAGUUCCAAGUCCACCUACAUCUUUAGAGAUUACUAGUGUGAGCAAAGAUUCGAUAACUCUGUGCUGGGCAAGACCUGAGUCUGAUGGAGGCAGUGAGAUCUCUGGCUAUGUAAUUGAAAGGCGUGAGAAAACCAGCCUAAGAUGGAUUCGUGUAAACAAAAAGCCAGUUUAUGAUUUAAGAGUGAAAUCAUCUGGUCUCCGUGAAGGAUGUGAAUAUGAAUUCCGGGUUUAUGCAGAAAACGCUGCUGGCCUCAGUCUCCCAAGUGAAACCACACCAUUGAUUAAAGCAGAAGAUCCAAUCUUCUUGCCAUCACCCCCAUCUAAACCUAAGAUUAUGGAUUCUACAAGGUCAAAUAUCACAAUUGGUUGGACAAAGCCACUGUUUGAUGGAGGUGCCCCAGUAACAGGAUACACUGUUGAAUACAAGAAAACUGAUGAAACUGACUGGACAACAGCUAUUCAGAAUUUAAGAGGCACAGAAUAUACUGUAAGUGGAUUAGUAUCAGGCUCUGAGUAUGUUUUUAGAGUGAAAUCCAUUAACAAAAUGGGUGUCAGUGAACCAAGUGAUGUUUCAGAGCCUCAGCUGGCAAAAGAAAGAGAGGAAGAACCUGCUUUUGAUAUUGACAGUGAAAUGCGGAAGACUUUAAUUGUAAAGGCUGGUGGAUCAUUCACAAUGACUGUUCCUUUCAGAGGCAAACCAGUCCCAAAUGUAACAUGGAACAAAGCAGACACUGAUCUCCGUGUACGAGCAAGCAUUGACACUUCAGAUAAUUGUACAUCUCUCACUAUUGAAAAAGCAACAAGGAAUGAUUCUGGAAAAUACACGUUAACACUGCAAAACAUCCUGAACACUGCUACAUUGACUUUAAUUGUCAAAGUUCUUGAUACUCCUGGCCCACCAUCUAAUAUUGCAACAAAAGACAUAACUAAAGAAUCUGCUGUGUUAUCCUGGGAUGUUCCUGAAAAUGAUGGUGGAGCACCUGUAAAGAACUAUGUUAUUGAAAAACGAGAAGCUAGCAAAAAAGCAUGGGUCACUGUGACAAACAAUUGUCAUCGCCUGUCCUACAAAGUGACUGGUUUGCAAGAAGGCGGCAUUUACUACUUCCGGGUCUCUGGAGAAAAUGAGUAUGGUGUUGGAGUGCCUUCUGAGACCAAGGAGGGAACAAAAAUAACAGAAAAACCCAGCCCACCAGAAAAACUGGGAGUAACAAAUGUCACAAAGGACAGUGUUUCUCUAUCAUGGCUAAAACCAGAACAUGAUGGUGGAAGCAGAAUUGUGAGCUACCUCAUUGAAGCUCUGGAGAAAGGACAGCAAAAAUGGGUUAAGUGUGCAGUUGUAAAGACAACUCAUCAUGUUGUCCAUGGUCUUAAGGAGAACACUGACUACUUCUUCAGGGUGUAUGCAGAAAACCAAGCUGGUUUAAGUGAUCCUAAGGAACUUCUGCUCCCUGUUACAGUUAAAGAACAAUUAGAAUCUCCUGAGAUUGACAUGAAAGGCUUCCCUCAUAACACUGUAUAUGUUAGAUCAGGAUCAAACCUGAAAGUUGAAAUUCCCAUUUCUGGAAAACCAAUGCCAAAGGUGACACUGUCUAGAGAUGGUGUUCCACUGAAGCCUACCAUGAGAUUCAACACAGAAACCACUGCAGAAAGUCUUGUCAUUAACCUUAAAGAAAGUGUGGCUGCUGAUGCUGGCAGAUAUGACAUUACUGCUGCCAAUUCAAGUGGCACCACAAAAUCAUUUGUUAAUAUCGUUGUGCUGGAUAGACCUGGUCCUCCUGUUGGUCCUGUUGUCCUGAGCGAUGUCACUGAAGAGAGUGUAACACUCAGAUGGCAACCACCAGCUUAUGAUGGUGGAAGUCAAGUUACCAACUAUAUUGUACUGAAAAGAGAGACAAGUACUGCAGCUUGGUCUGAAGUGUCUGCAACUGUUGCUAGAACUGUUAUCAAAGUUAUGAGGCUCACGACAGGAGAAGAAUACCAAUUCCGCAUCAAAGCUGAGAACCGCUUUGGCAUCAGUGACCACAUAGACUCACAGUGUGUGGUUGUCAAGCUUCCUUACACUACCCCUGGCCCUCCUUCUACACCAUGGGUCACUAAUGUCACCCGAGAGAGUAUUACUGUUGGAUGGCAUGAACCUGUCACUAAUGGUGGUAAUGCUAUCAUCGGAUACCACUUGGAAAUGAAAGACAGGAAUAGCAUAUUAUGGCAGAAGGCUAACAAGACCCUUAUUCGUACCACUCAUUUCAAAGUCACCACCAUCAGCGCUGGCCUUAUCUAUGAAUUUAGAGUUUAUGCAGAAAAUGCAGCUGGCAUUGGAAAAGCAAGUCGUGCUUCUGAUCCAGUCCUUGCAAUUGAUGCUUGCGAACCACCAAGAAAUGUCCGUGCUUCAGAUAUUUCCAAGACCGCUAUCACUCUCUCCUGGCAGAAGCCAGCAUUUGAUGGUGGUAGCAAGAUCACUGGAUACAUCGUAGAGAAACGUGAUCUUCCAGAUGGCAGAUGGACAAAAGCAAGCUUCACCAAUGUUAUCGAGACUCAGUUCACAGUAUCUGGUCUGACACAGAAUUCCCGGUAUGAAUUCCGUGUCUUUGCUAAGAAUGCCGUUGGUUCAAUCAGUAAUCCCUCCGAUGUUGUGGGUCCUAUCACAUGUGUUGAUACAUAUGGUGCACCGGAAAUAGAUGUGCCACCAGAAUAUACAGAAGUGGUGAAAUACAAAGCAGGAACUUCAGUUAAGCUAAAACUAGGCAUCUCAGGCAAGCCUAUACCCACAAUUGAAUGGUUCAAAAAUGGCAACGAGGUACAAACCAGUGCACUAGUGUCAUUUGAAAACACAACAGAAUUUGCUUCUGUACUCAUCAAGGAUGCAAAUCGACUCAACAGUGGCACCUAUGAAUUAAAACUAAAGAAUGCUAUGGGUUCAGCAUCAGCCCACAUUAGACUACAGAUACUUGACAAGCCAGGACCUCCAACUGGACCUAUACAGUUUAAGACAGUCACUGCUGAAAAGAUUACAAUAAUGUGGGACCCACCAGCAGAUGACGGUGGUGCACCUGUAACACACUAUGUUGUUGAAAAGCGGGAGACAAGUCGGGUUGUUUGGUCUUUAAUUUCUGAAAAACUGGAGGGAUGUAUCAUAACUACAACAAAACUCAUCAAAGGAAAUGAAUAUUUGUUCCGUGUCCGUGGUGUGAACAAGUUUGGAAUUGGUGAUCCACUCGAAUCUGAACCUGUUAUAGCCAAAAAUUCAUUUGUUACACCUGGACCACCUAGUGUACCAGAAGUCACAAAGAUAACCAAGAAUUCUAUGACCGUUGUCUGGAAUAGGCCCACAGCUGAUGGAGGCAGUGAAAUAUCAGGAUAUUUUCUUGAGAAGCGUGACAAGAAGAGUCUGAGUUGGUUCAAGGUUACUAAAGAAAGUAUUCGGGACACCAGACAGAAAGUAACAGGUCUGACUGAAAACAGCGAAUAUCAUUUCCGAGUUUGUGCUGUCAAUGCAGCUGGACAAGGUCCGUUCUCUGAAGCUUCUGACUUCUACAAAGCUGCAGAUCCUAUUGAUAAGCCAGGCUCACCAACAAAGCUGAAGGUUGUGGAUACAACCAAGACAUCUGUCACCCUUGGCUGGAUUAAACCUACUUAUGAUGGAGGAAGUCCAGUUACCAACUAUGUGGUGGAGAAAAGGGAAGGUGAAGAGCAAGAAUGGACUGUAGUCAGUUCUAAGGGAGAAGUGAGAACAACUGAGUAUGUUGUAUCACACCUUCAGCCAAGUGUUAAUUAUUAUUUCCGUGUCUCUGCUGUGAAUUGUGCUGGACAAGGAGAGCCUAUUGAAAUGAUGGAACCUGUUCAAGCUAAAGAUAUUCUUGUGGCACCAGAGAUUGAUCUGGAUGUUGCUCUCCGGACAUCUAUUGUUGCUAAAGCAGGUGAAGAUGUGGAAAUAAUGAUUCCAUUUAAAGGAAGACCUCCUCCCACAGUCACAUGGAGAAAGGGUGACAAGAAUCUUGGAACUGAUGAAAGAUAUAUAAUUCAGAACACAGAAUCAUCUACACUACUUAUUAUUCCUCAAGUUACCCGAAACGAUACAGGAAAAUAUGUCCUUACAAUUGAAAAUGGAGUUGGAGAAGCAAAAUCAUCAUUUGUGAAUGUAAAAGUACUUGACACACCUUCUGCUUGCCAGAAGCUGCAGCUUAAGCAUGUUUCUCGUGGAACAGUUACACUGGUAUGGGAGCCCCCUCUUAUUAAUGGUGGUUCUGAAAUAACAAAUUAUGUUGUUGAAAAAAGAGAUGCUACAAAGAGGGCCUGGUCAACUGUUACAACAAAAUGUUCAAAUACCACCUUUAAGAUAACUAACCUGUCAGAGAAGACUGCAUUCUUCUUCCGUGUUCUUGCUGAAAAUGAAAUUGGACUGGGAGAACCUUGCGAGACAUCUGAACCCGUGAAAGCUGCAGAUGUACCCGGACCUGUCAAAGACCUAGCAAUGAAAGACUCUACAAAGAGUUCUGUUACAUUGCAGUGGAGCAAACCUGACUAUGAUGGUGGUAGCAUUAUAUCAGACUAUGUUAUUGAGAAGAAACUUCAGGAAGAGAAAGAGUGGACAUAUGCAGGCACAAGCAAGAGCUGUGAAUUUGUAGUUGAAAAACUUAAAGAGCUUUCUGUCAUGGAAUUCAGAGUCUUUGCUAAAAAUGAAAAAGGCAUGAGUGACUCUGUUACUGUUGGACCCAUUACAGUGAAGGAACUUAUAAUAACACCUGAGGCUGACCUUUCUGAUAUUCCUGGAGGACAGAUUUCAGUAAGAAUUGGACAUAACCUGCACAUUGAAUUGCCCUAUAAAGGUAAACCUAAGCCGUCAAUGAGCUGGCUCAAGGACAACCUCCCUCUUAAAGAAACAGAACAACUUCGUUUCAAGAAAACUGAAAACAAGAUAAGCUUAAGCAUCAAGAAUGUGAAAAAGGAGCAUGGUGGCAAAUAUACUUUAAUUCUUGAUAAUGUAGUCUGCAGAAAAUCAUUCACAAUUACUGUUAUCACUCUUGGUCCUCCAUCUAAGCCAAAAGCACCUUUAAGACUAGAUGAAAUCAAAGCAGAUAGUGUAGUUUUGUCAUGGGAAGCUCCUGAGGAUGAUGGGGGAGGAGAAAUUACUGGAUACAGUAUUGAGAAGAGAGAAACCUCACAAAUGAACUGGAAGCUGGUGUGUUCAAGCGCUGCAAGAACAACCUUCAAAGUGCCAAACCUUGUUAAAGACACUGAAUAUCAGUUUAGAGUGCGUGCAGAAAAUAGAUACGGAGUGAGCCCACCUCUUGUCUCAGCAGAUGUUGUGGCAAAGCAUCAGUUUAGACCACCAGGUGCCCCAGGCAAGCCUGUCGUAUACAAUGUAACUGCUGAUGGAAUGACAAUAUCUUGGGAUGCUCCUGCUUUUGAUGGUGGUUCAGAGAUUACUGGGUACCACGUUGAAAAGAAGGAAAGAAACAGUAUUUUGUGGCAGAAGGUUAAUGUUGCAUUAAUAUCUAGCAGAGAAUACAGGAUUACUGGACUGCUUGAGGGCCUGGAUUACCAGUUCCAAGUAUAUGCUGAAAACGCUGCAGGUCUAAGCCGAGCUAGUGAGCCAAGCAAAUUUACUUUGGCAGUCUCUCCAGUGGACCCACCUGGUACUCCUGAUUACAUUGAUGUCACCAGGGAAACAGUCACCCUGAAAUGGACCCCCCCACUGCGUGACGGAGGCAGUAAGAUUGUGGCUUACAGCAUUGAGAAACGGCAGGGAAAAACAGACCGUUGGCUGCGGUGUAACUUUACUGAUGUCAGUGAAUGCCAGUAUACGGUUACGGGACUCAGUGCAGGUGACCGAUAUGAAUUCAGAGUGCUUGCAAGAAAUGCUGUUGGUACAAUCAGCCCACCUUCACAGUCCUCAGGCUAUAUCAUGACCAGAGAUGAAAACGUUGCUCCAACAAUUGAAUUUGGUGCUGAGCACUUUGAAGGCCUUACUGUUAAAGCUGGAGAAAGCAUUAGAGUUAAAGCUCUAAUCAAAGGACGUCCAGUACCUAAAGUGACAUGGUUUAAGGAUGGUAAAGAGAUAGAGAAAACAAUGAAUAUAGAAAUUACUACAGCUAUUGGAUAUAGUACAAUCUUCAUUAGAGAUGCUAUCCGGGAUCAUCGUGGAGUGUACACAGUAGAAGCCAAAAAUGCAUCAGGCACUAAACGAGAAGAUAUUACCAUCAGAGUACAAGACACACCAGGAAAAGUUGGUGGACCAAUACGAUUCACAAACAUCACUGGAGAAAAAGUCACAUUAUGGUGGGAGCCUCCAGCUAAUGAUGGUUGUGCUUCUGUUUCUCACUACAUAAUUGAAAAACGUGAAACCAGCAGGAUCGCUUGGGCAUUAGUUGAAGAUAAAUGUGAAGCUUGCAGCUACACGGCACUUAAAUUAAUUAAGGGCAAUGAGUACCAGUUCCGCAUCUCUGCAGUGAACAAAUUUGGAGUUGGCAGACCAUUGGAGUCUGAUCCAGUUAUUGCACAAAUACCUUACACUCUUCCUGAUGCACCAGGAACUCCAGAGCCUACCAACGUAACAGGAGACAGUAUCACACUUACAUGGGCAAGACCGGAGUCAGAUGGUGGAAGCGAGAUAAAUGAGUAUAUUCUUGAAAGGAGAGAAAAGAAGAGCAUGCGCUGGGUUAAAGUCUCCAGUAAGAGGCCCAUUACUGAGAACAGAUACAGAGUAACUGGCCUUAUUGAAGGCAAUGAGUAUGAGUUCCAUGUCAUGGCUGAAAACGCUGCAGGAGUUGGACCUCCAAGUGAUGUUUCAAAGCUGAUUAAAUGUAGAGAACCAGUCAGCCCACCAAGUGCUCCUAAUGUUGUAAAGGUGACAGAUACAUCAAAGACUAGUGUAAGCUUAGAGUGGACAAAGCCAGUUUUUGAUGGAGGCAUGGAAAUAAUUGGGUACAUCAUUGAGAUGUGCAAAGCUGACCUUGAAGCAUGGCAGAAAGUCAAUGCAGAGACUGUUAUCGCUACUAAAUAUACUGUUGUAGAUUUGGAGGCAGGAGAACACUAUAAAUUCAGAGUUAGUGCUGUGAACGGCGCUGGCAAAGGAGAGAGUUGUGAAGUUCCUGCUUCAGUCCAAACCGUGGACAGGCUUUCUGCACCUGAAAUUGAUAUUGAUGCAAACUUCAAGCAGACUCAUAUUGUAAGAGCAGGUGCAAGCAUUCGUCUAUUUAUUGCCUUCUCUGGAAGGCCUGUUCCUACUGCAGUGUGGUCCAAAGCAGAUGCUAAUCUCAGCUUGCGUGCUGACAUUCAAACAACUGAUUCCUUCAGCACAUUGACUGUGGAGGAAUGCAAUAGAAAUGAUGCUGGCAAGUAUGUCUUUACUGUGGAAAACAACAGUGGAAGUAAGUCUAUUACAUUUACUGUCAAGGUUUUGGACACACCUGGUCCACCAGGUCCUAUUACAUUUAAAGAUGUGACUCGAGGAUCUAUUACUUUAAUGUGGGAUGCUCCUGUUCUGGAUGGAGGUUCUCGUAUCCAUCACUAUGUUGUGGAAAAACGUGAAGCAAGUCGUCGUAGCUGGCAAGUAGUGAGUUCAAAAUGCACUCGACAGAUCUUUAAGGUCACGGAUCUGGCAGAAGGUGUGCCAUAUUACUACCGAGUGUCAGCAGAAAAUGAAUAUGGUGUAGGUGAACCUUGUGAAUUAACAGAACCGGUUGUAGCCACAGAAGAACCUGCUCCACCUAAGAGACUAGAUAUUGUUGAUACAACCAAAUCUUCUGUAGUUUUAGCUUGGCUUAAACCUGAUCAUGAUGGCGGUAGCCGUAUUACUGGAUACCUUCUUGAAAUGAAACAAAAAGGAUCUGACUCCUGGAUUGGAGCUGGACAAACCAAGCAACUUACUUUCACUGUUGAAGGCCUUGUGGAGAACACUGAAUAUGAGUUCCGGGUGAAGGCAAAGAAUGAUGCCGGCUACAGUGAGCCAAGGGAAGCUUUCUCUUCUGUUAUUGUUAAGGAGCCACAAAUUGAACCAACAGCAGAUCUCAGUGAUAUAAGCAGACAGCUCAUAACAUGCAAGGCUGGAAGCACAUUUACUAUUGAUAUACCAAUCAGUGGGCGCCCAACUCCAAAAGUGACAUGGAAACUUGAGGAGAUGAGGUUGAAGGAAACUGAGAGAGUGACUAUCAAGACAACAAAAGACAGAACCAUACUGACUGUAAAGGACAGUAUGAGAGGUGACUCUGGUAAAUACUACCUUACACUUGAAAACACUGCUGGUGUGAAAACAUUUGCUGUCACAGUGGUAGUCAUAGGAAGACCAGGUCCUGUCACUGGCCCAAUUGAAAUAUCUUCUGUCUCUGCUGAGUCCUGUGUGUUGACCUGGAAAGAACCUGAAGAUGAUGGUGGCAGUGACAUUACAAACUAUAUUGUAGAGAAACGCGAGUCUGGCACAACAGCAUGGCAGCUGGUAAACUCCAGUGUGAAACGAACACAGAUUAAAGUCACUCAUCUCACAAAAUACCAAGAGUACAGUUUCCGAGUAAGCUCAGAAAAUAGAUUUGGUGUCAGCAAGCCGCUUGAAUCAAAAACAGUAGUUGCUGAGCAUCCAUUUGUCCCACCAAGCCCACCUUCAAGGCCAGAAGUCUAUUCUGUGUCUGCCACUGCCAUGGCCAUUCGCUGGGAGGAACCCUAUCAUGAUGGUGGCAGCAAAGUCAUUGGAUAUUGGGUGGAAAAGAAGGAGCGCAAUACCAUUCUUUGGGUGAAAGAGAACAAAGUGCCAUGCUGUGAAUGCAACUACAAAGUCACAGGGUUGGUAGAAGGCCUAGAAUAUCAGUUCAGAACCUAUGCUCUAAAUGCUGCAGGUGUUAGCAAAGCUAGUGAAGCUUCCAGACCUGUAGUGGCUCAAAAUCCAGUUGAUCCACCAGGAAGACCAGAAGUAACAGACGUCACCAGAUCUUCAGUGUCACUGAGCUGGUCACCCCCACUUUAUGAUGGUGGAAGCAAAAUUAUCGGAUAUAUUAUAGAGCGCAAACCAUAUAAUGAAUCUGGUGAUGGACGCUGGCUGAAAUGCAAUUAUACCAUUGUCUCCGAAAACUUUUUUACGGUGACAGCUCUUGGUGAAGAUGAAGCCUAUGAAUUCCGUGUACUAGCAAAGAAUGCUGCUGGUGUGAUUAGCAAAGGAUCUGAAUCAACUGGUGCUGUCAUUUGCAAAGACGAAUACUCACCACCAAAGGCCGAACUUGAUGCCAGACUGCAGGGAGAAGUUUUGAGCAUUAGGGCUGGAUCGGAUCUUGUUCUUGAUGCAGCUGUUGGUGGGAAACCAGAACCAAAAGUCUUCUGGUCCAAAGGUGACAGGGAACUGGAGCUAUGUGAAAAGAUAUCUCUGCAAUACACCAGCAAACGAGCUAUUGCAAUUAUCAAGUUCUGUGACAGAAGUGAUAGUGGAAAAUAUACCCUAACAGUUAAAAAUGCCAGUGGAAUGAAACAACUUUCUGUUCUCGUCAAAGUGCUUGAUUCACCAGGUCCAUGUGCAGGCAAAAUCAUGAUUAGCAGAGUAACAGAAGAGAAAUGUACUCUGGCAUGGAACAUUCCUGAGGAAGACGGGGGUGCAGAAAUCACUCACUAUAUCAUAGAAAGGCGUGAAACCAGCAGACUUCACUGGGUUAUCGUUGAGGCUGAAUGCCAGACUUUAUCCACUGUGGUAACAAAACUUAUUAAAAAUAAUGAAUACAUCUUCCGUGUGAGAGCUGUCAACAAAUAUGGACCAGGUGUUCCACUUGAAUCAGAACCUGUGAUUGCCAGGAAUGCUUUCACUAUUCCAACACAGCCUGGUGCUCCUGAAGAAGUGAGUGUCGGCAAGGAACAUAUCAUUAUUCAGUGGUCAAAACCAGAAUCAGAUGGUGGCAGUGAGAUUAAGGACUAUCUGGUGGACAAACGUGAAAAGAAAAGUCUGCGCUGGACGCGAGUGAACAGAGAUUACACCAUUUAUGAUACCAGACUGAAAGUCACUGGUCUCAUGGAAGGGUGCCAGUACCAAUUCCGUGUCACUGCAGUGAAUGCUGCUGGAAACAGUGAACCUAGUGAAGCUUCACAGUACAUGUUAUGUAAAGAACCAACAUAUACCCCUGCAUCACCUUCAGUUCCAAGAGUUGUGGAUACUACUAAGCACAGCAUAAGUUUAGCAUGGUCAAAGCCCACAUAUGAUGGUGGUGCUGACAUCUUAGGCUAUGUUCUUGAGAUGAAAGAAGAAGGUAGUGAACAGUGGUAUCGACCACAUACAACCGCCACUCUGAGGAAUGCUGAGUUCACCGUGACUGGUCUUAAAACAAACCAGAAAUACCAAUUCAGAGUUGCUGCUACAAAUGUGAAUGGUAUGAGUGAAUUUAGUGAAUCAUCAGCAGAAAUAGAACCUGUGGAAAGAAUAGAAAUACCUGAGCUUGAGCUUGCUGAUGAUCUGAAGAAGACAGUUACAGUCAGAGCUGGUGGUUCCCUCCGCCUGAUGGUCUCUGUAUCUGGCAGACCUGCUCCUGUAAUCACAUGGAGCAAGCAGGGUAUUGACCUUGUAAGUCGAGCUAUUAUUGACACUACAGACAGCUACACUCUGCUUAUUGUGGACAAAGUUAAUCGGUAUGAUGCUGGAAAAUACAUCAUCGAGGCUGAAAAUCAAUCAGGAAAAAAAUCUGCAACUAUUUCUGUGAAAGUGUAUGAUACACCUGGUCCACCAUCUUCAGUGAAAGUUAAGGAAGCAUCAAAAGAUUCUGUGACACUUACUUGGGAUAUUCCAAACAUUGACGGUGGAGCCCCAGUCAACAAUUACAUAAUUGAGAAACGUGAAGCUUCCAUGAGAGCUUACAAGACUGUGACUACCAAAUGCAGCAAAACAUUUUAUAGAGUUACUGGACUUCUAGAAGGAGCUUUGUAUUAUUUCAGAGUACUUCCAGAAAACAUUUAUGGCAUUGGUGAAGCUUGUGAAACAUCUGAUGCAGUACUAGUAUCUGAUGUCCCCAUGGUACCACAAAAACUCGAAGUGAUUGACACCACUAAAUCAACUGUUACUCUUGCAUGGGAGAAACCACUCCAUGAUGGUGGCAGCAGAUUGACAGGCUAUGUCAUUGAGGCCAGCAAAGCUGGAACAGAAAGAUGGUUGAAGGUAGUGACACUGAAGCCUACUGUCUACGAACAUACAAUUAUCUCUCUCAAUGAAGGCGAACAGUACUUGUUCAGGGUCAGAGCACAGAAUCAGAAAGGCGUGUCAGAACCACGAGAGACUGUCACUGCAGUAACAGUCCAAGACCAAAAAGUUCUACCAACAAUUGACUUUGCUGGAAUACCUCAGAAGACAAUUCACGUACCUGCCGGCAAGCCCAUUGAGUUAGCCAUUCCAAUUGAAGGACGACCACCUCCAACUGCAUCUUGGUUCUUUGCUGGUUCUAAACUAAAAGAAUCAGAACGCAUUAAAGUGGAGACUGUUGCCAAAAUGACUAAAUUAACUGUGCGUGAGACCACCAUACAUGACACGGGAGAGUAUACACUUGAACUGAAGAACACAACUGGAACAGUUACCGAUACACUAAAGGUUAUAAUCCUUGACAAACCUGGACCACCUACUGGACCUAUCCGAAUUGAUGAAGUUGAUUCAAAUUAUGUAACCAUCUCCUGGGAUCCACCUGAACUGGAUGGUGGAGCUACCCUUAGUGGAUAUGUGGUAGAACAGCGUGACGCUCACCGUCCUGGAUGGCUGCCAGUUUCAGAGUCAGUAACUAGAACAACAUUUAAGUUCACCAGACUUGUUGAAGGUGCAGAAUACGUGUUCCGUGUAGCUGCUACAAACCGCUUUGGAAUCGGAUCUUACCUACAGUCUGAAAUUAUAGAAUGCAAGAGCAGAAUCCGUAUUCCUGGUCCUCCUGGCACUCCAGAAGUGUUUGAUAUCUCUCGAGAUGGCAUGACAUUAACUUGGUAUCCUCCAGAAGAUGAUGGUGACUCACAGAUCACUGGUUAUAUCGUGGAACGCAAAGAAGUUAGAGCAGAUAGAUGGAUCCGUGUAAAUAAAGUCCCAGUUACUAUGACUCGUUACCGUUCCACUGGGUUGGUCGAAGGAUUGGAAUAUGAACACCGAGUCACAGCAAUCAAUGCCAGAGGCACUGGGAAACCCAGCCAUCCUUCCAAGUCUGCUGUUGCCAGAGAUCCAAUUGCUCCUCCAGGUAAACCUCAGAAUCCAAGAGUCACUGAUACUACAAGAACGUCUGUCUCCCUGGCCUGGAGUCCACCAGAAGAUGAAGGUGGUUCUAAAGUUACUGGUUACUUAAUUGAGAUGCAGAAGGUUGAUCAAUUUGAAUGGACCAAAUGCAAUACUACGCCAACCAAGAUUCGUGAAUACACCUUGACACAUCUCCCCCAGGGUGCAGAGUACAGAUUCCGUGUGCUAGCCUGUAAUGCUGGUGGGCCAGGAGAACCUGCUGAAGUGCCAGGAACAGUCAAAAUAACAGAAAUGCUUGAAUAUCCUGACUAUGAACUUGAUGAAAAAUACCAAGAAGGUCUCAUGGUGAGACAAGGUGGAGUAAUCAGGCUUACAAUACCCAUUAAGGGCAAGCCCAUCCCAGUAUGCAAAUGGACAAAAGAAGGACAGGACAUCAGCAAGAGGGCCAUGAUUGCGACUUCUGAGACUCACACAGAACUUGUGAUCAAAGAUGCAGAAAGAGAAGAUUCAGGCACCUAUGAUUUGGCACUUGAAAAUAAGUGUGGCAAAAAAGCUGUGUAUAUUAAAGUCAGAGUGAUUGGCAUUCCAAAUCCUCCAGAAGGGCCACUGGAGUAUGAUGAUAUACAAGCUCGUUCUGUCAGAGUAAGCUGGAGACCUCCUACAGAUGAUGGUGGUGCAGAUAUCCUAGGUUAUAUUGUUGAGAGAAGAGAAGUACCAAAGACUGCCUGGUACACCGUUGACUCCAGAGUGAAAGGGACAUCACUGGUGGUGAAAGGGCUCAAAGAAAAUGUGGAAUAUCACUUCCGUGUUUCUGCUGAAAACCAUUUCGGCAUUAGCAAAUCUCUCAAAUCUGAAGAACCAGCAGUACCAAAGACACCUCUAAAUCCUCCAGAGCCUCCAAACAAUCCACCUGAAGUGCUUGAUGUUACAAAGAGUUCUGUCAACUUGUCCUGGUCCAGACCUAAAGAUGAUGGUGGUUCUCGUGUAACUGGCUACUACAUUGAACGUAAAGAGACAUCUACAGAAAAAUGGGUCCGGCAUAAUAAGACACAGAUUACUACUACAAUGUACACAGUCACAGGACUUGUUCCAGAUGCUGAAUAUCAAUUCCGUAUCAUUGCUCAAAAUGACAUUGGUGAAAGUGAAGCAAGUCCUGCUUCUGAACCAGUUGUAUGCAAGGAUCCAUUUGACAAACCAAGCCAACCGGGAGAAAUUGAGAUCACUUCUAUAUCUAAGGACAGCAUUACAUUAGAAUGGGAACGACCGGAAAGUGAUGGUGGCAAAGAGAUCCUUGGCUACUGGGUUGAAUAUCGCCAGUCUGGAGAAAGCACCUGGAAAAAAUGCAAUAAGGAACGCAUCAAGGACAGGCAGUUUACAGUAGGAGGUUUACUAGAGGCUACAGAAUAUGAGUUCCGUGUUUUUGCAGAAAAUCAGACUGGCCUCAGCAGACCACGGAGGACUGCUAUGGCAGUGAAAACUAAAUUAACAUCUGGAGAAGCACCUGCCAUCAAAAAAGAAAUGCAGGAUGUUACAACUAAACUGGGUGAGGCGGCUCAGCUCACAUGCCAGAUUGUUGGGAGACCCUUGCCUGAUAUUAAAUGGUACCGCUUCGGCAAAGAACUGGUGCAAAGCCGAAAAUACAAAAUGUCAUCUGAUGGACGCAAUCAUACACUGACAGUACUGACAGAUGAACAAGAGGAUGAAGGUCUCUACACUUGUAUGGCUACCAAUGACGUCGGAGAAAUUGAAACUAGUGGCAAACUAUUAUUGCAGGCUCCUCCCCAGUUCCACCCUGGCUUCCCAUUGAAAGAAAAAUACUAUGCAGGUGCAGGUGGCACCCUCCGCCUUCAUGUUGUGUAUAUUGGCCGACCAGUACCAGCAAUAACCUGGUUCCACGGCAACAAACCUUUAAGAGGAUCAGAAACGGUUACUAUUGAGAACACAGAACAUUAUACUCAUCUUGCUAUUAAGAAUGUCCAGCACAAGACUCAUGCUGGGAAGUAUAAAGUACAACUCAGUAACACAUUUGGAACGGUUGACACUGUACUUAAUGUGGAAAUACAAGAUAAACCAGACAAACCACUAGGGCCAAUUGUUAUAGAGUCUAUACUGAAGAAUUCUGUGGUGAUAAGCUGGAAACCACCAGAGGAUGAUGGAGGUGCUAUGAUAACCAACUACAUCAUAGAGAAACGUGAAGCCAAGGAAGGAACAGAAUGGCAGCUUGUAUCUUCAAGCAUUUCAGGCACAACCUGUAGAAUUGUUAACCUAACGGAAAAUGCAGGCUAUUAUUUCCGUGUUUCUGCUCAGAAUACAUAUGGCAUUAGUGAAGCACUGGAGGUCUCAUCAGUGGUUUUCAUAAAGCCUCCAUUUGAAAAACCAGGGCAACCUGGCCAGCCAGUAGCAAGUGCUAUCACAAAGGAUUCCUGUGUUGUCUCAUGGAAGCCACCUGCAAGUGACGGCGGUGCAAAGAUUAGAACUUAUUAUCUUGAGAAGCGUGAGAAAAAACAAAACAAGUGGAUUUCUGUAACAACAGAUGAAAUCCGUGAAACAGUCUACUCUGUGAAAGAUCUUAUUGAAGGUCUUGAAUAUGAGUUCCGUGUAAAAUGUGAAAACCUUGGUGGUGAAAGUGAGUGGAGUGAGGUAUCCCAACCAGUCAUUCCAAAAUCUGAUGUACCCAUUAAAGCUCCACAUUUCAAGGAAGAACUACGGAAUCUGAAUGUGAAAUUCCAAGCUAACGCCACGUUUGUCUGCAAAGUCACCGGUCAUCCUAAGCCAAUUGUCAAGUGGUACAGACAGGGCAAAGAAAUUAUGCCAGAUGGGGAAAAGAUCAAGAUACAGGAAUUCAAGGGUGGAUAUUACCAGCUGGUCAUCACAAAUGUAACAGAUGAUGAUGCCACAGUAUAUCAAGUUAGAGCUACCAACCAAGGAGGAUCUGUGUCUGGCACUGCCUCUUUGGAUGUUGAAGUUCCUGCAAAGAUUCACUUGCCCAAAAACCUGGAAGGCAUGGGAGCUGUUCAUGCCCUCCGAGGGGAAGUAGUGAGCAUCAAGAUUCCAUUCAGUGGCAAGCCUACCCCCGUGAUCACAUGGCAGAAGGGACAAGAUCUCAUUGAUACUAAUGGACACUACCAAGUCAUUGUUACGCGAUCAUUCACAUCUCUUGUUUUCCCAAAUGGUGUUGACAGAAAAGAUGCAGGAUUUUACAUCGUUUGUGCCAAAAACAGAUUUGGAAUCGAUCAAAAAACAGUUGAAUUAGAUGUGGCUGAUGUGCCUGAUCCACCAAGAGGUCUAAAGGUAACUGACAUUUCAAGGGAUUCAGUCAACUUAACCUGGAAUGAACCAGCUACAGAUGGUGGAAGCAGGAUCAUAAACUACACUGUUGAGAAACGUGCUACAACAGCAGAGCGAUGGAUUCGUGUUGCACAAGCUCGUGAUACACGAUACACAGUGGUGAACCUAUUUGGCAAGACCACCUACCAGUUCCGUGUAAUUGCAGAAAACAAGUUUGGCCAAAGUCAGCCUUCUGAACCCACUGAUCCAGUUGUAACAAAGGAAGAUAAGACUAGAGUAAUGAACUAUGAUGAAGAAGUUGAUGAGACCAGAGAAGUCACAACAGCUAAAGCAGCUCACUGUUCUACAAAAGAACUAUAUGACAAAUAUAUGAUCGCAGAAGAGCUUGGACGUGGGCAAUUUGGCAUUGCACACCGCUGUGUUGAGGCAGUUUCAAAAAAGACUUACCUGGCCAAGUUUGUCAAAGUAAAGGGCGCUGACCAAGUUUUGGUAAAGAAAGAAAUUUCCAUUCUAAACAUUGCUAGGCACCAAAAUAUCCUGUAUCUUCAUGAAUCAUUUGAGAGCCUAGAAGAACUGGUCAUGAUAUUUGAAUUCAUUUCUGGAGUUGACAUCUUUGAAAGAAUCAGCACACCUUCAUUUGAACUUAAUGAAAGAGAAAUAGUAAGUUAUGUGCGCCAGGUCUGUGAUGCACUAGAAUUUUUACAUCGCAAUAGCAUUGGACAUUUUGAUAUUAAACCAGACAAUAUUAUUUACUUCACAAGAAGAAGCUCUGUAGUUAAAAUUGUUGAAUUUGGUCAAGCCAGACAAUUGAGGCCUGGAGACAGCUUUAGACUCCAGUUCACUGCCCCUGAAUAUUAUGCACCUGAAGUACAUCACCAUGAUUUGGUCAGCACAGCUACUGACAUGUGGUCAGUUGGUGCUCUAACAUACAUACUUCUCAGUGGCCUUAAUCCUUUCAUUGCUGAAACCAACCAACAAGUUAUUGAGAAUAUUCUAAAUGCUGAAUACAGCUUUGAUGAUGAAGCAUUCAAAGACAUAAGCGUCGAGGCCAUGGACUUCAUUGAUCGUCUACUAGUAAAAGAAAGAAAAUCUCGGAUGACAGCUGCUGAAGCUCUUAAUCAUGUGUGGCUAAAACAGCAGACAGAGAAGACCAGCACUAAAGCCAUCAAGACCCUGAGGCACAGGCGUUACUACCAAACUCUAGUAAAGAAGGAGUGGAACACAGUUGUGUCAGUAGCCCGCAUUUCCUGUGGAGGCGCAAUUAGAUCCCAGAAAGGCAUAACAGUUGCUAAAGUCAAAGUUGCUCCAAUAGACAUUGGGCCUAUUGCUGGGCAGAUAAAGCAUAAUGUUGCAGAAGAAGGAGGGCACGCCAAAUAUGUAUGCACGAUUGAAAACUAUGAUGAGUCCACACAAGUCACAUGGUACUUUGGCAUGAGACAAUUAGAAAGCAAUGAGAAAUAUGAAAUUAAAUAUGAAGAAGGCGUGGCAACCAUGUAUGUCAAAGAUGUUUCUAAAUCAGAUGAUGGUACCUACAGAUGCAAAGUAGUAAAUGACUAUGGUGAAGACAGCUCUUAUGCAGAACUUUUUGUUAAAGGUGUGAGGGAAAUUUCUGAGCACUACAGAUGCAGAACUGUUAGAAAAGUGAAACGACGGGUUGAUACUAUGAGACUACUAGAGCAUCCACCAGAAUUUACUCUGCCUUUGUACAACCGCACUGCAUAUGUCGGAGAAAAUGUCAGGUUUGGAGUCACUAUAACAGUUCACCCAGAACCUCGCUUAACAUGGUUCAAAUCAGGCCAGAAAAUCAAACCUGGUGAUGAUGACAGGAAGUAUACUUUUGAAUCAGACAAGGGUCUUUAUCAACUAGUCAUCAAUAAUGUCACUGAAGAGGAUGAUGCUGAAUACAGUAUAGUGGCACGCAAUAGAUUUGGUGAAGACAGCUGCAAAGCUAAGCUGACUGUGAUUCCACACCCACCUCCAGCAGAUGCCACACUCAGGCCAAUGUUUAAAAGACUGCUGGCAAAUGCUGAAUGUCAAGAAGGCCAAAGUGUCCGUUUUGAGAUCAGGGUAUCUGGUGUACCAAAACCAACGCUGAAAUGGGAGAAAGAUGGUCAACCUCUAUCCUUUGGUCCCAACUUUGAUAUAAUUCAUGAAGGUUUAGAUUAUUAUGCUUUGCAUAUCAGAGAUACUUUACCAGAAGACAGUGGCUAUUACAGAGUUACAGCUACUAACAGUGCUGGAUCUACAAGCUGUCAGGCUUAUCUAAAAGUUGAACGCUUGAAAUAUGUCAAGCGUGAGUACAAGACUGAAGAAGAGCGGGAGAAGCAUGUACAAAGGCAAAUUGACAAGACCCUACGAAUGGCAGAAAUCCUUGCUGGGGUUGAAGCUGUUCCACUGACACAAACUGCACAAGAGGCUCUCAGAGAAGCUGCUAUUUUAUAUAAACCAGCUGUUAGCUCGAAGACUGUCAAAGGUGAAUAUGAAAUUAAGAAAGAAGAAGAAAAGAAGGAGGAAAGAAGACUUCGCAUGCCAUACGAGGUCCCAGAGCCUCGCAAACAUGCUGCUCUUGAGGAAGAUCAGAAUAUUAAACACUAUGUGCCUCUGUCAGACAUGAAGUGGUACAAGAGGCUGCGAGACCAGUAUGAAAUGCCAGGAAAACUUGAGAGGACUGUUCAGAAACGCCAGAAACGCAUACGUCUUUCCAGGUGGGAACAAUUUUACGUGAUGCCACUGCCACGUAUUUCUGACCAGUACAAGCCUAAGUGGCGCAUACCAAAGCUAACACAAGAUGAUCUUGAAAUUGUGAGGCCAGCCCGUCGGCGUACCCCAUCUCCAGAGUAUGAAUAUUACUAUAGGCCAAGGAGGCGAUCGCUUGGCGACUUGUCUGAUGAGGAAUUGCUUAUGCCUAUAGACGACUACUUAGCCAUGAAGAGAACUGAAGAGGAAAGACUGCGCCUUGAAGAAGAGCUGGAGUUAGGCUUUUCUGCUUCCCCACCAAGUAGAAGCCCCCCACGCUUUGAACUCUCUGCCCUUCGGUAUUCUACUGCAGGAGCACAGGUCAGUUCAGAGGAAGAAAGAAAAAGAGAGCUGAGGUAUUCAAGCUAUCACAUCCCAACUAAAGCUGAGACCAGUGCAAGCUAUGCAGAACUUCGUCAACGCCAUGACAGGGCUGCCUACAGACCACCUAAACAAAAGCAAAGAAUAAUGGAUGAGAGGGAGGAUGAAGAAUUGCUCCGUCCUGUUGGCACUGCUCAACGACUCUCUGAAUACAAGAGUGAGCUCAAAUAUAUGGCAGAAGAAGAAAAGAGUAGACUCAGGAGAAGGAGGGAAAGAGAAAUAACUGAGAUCGCAUCAGAAGAAGAAGAAGAAAUAGAAAUGGUACAACAUGUUCACAGGGAAUUUUCACCUCCCUCUAGACUAUUAAGGAGAAGAAGAUCCCUUUCUCCAACUUACAUUGAGUUGAUGCGUCCUGUAUCUGAAUUAAUUCGACCUCGCUCACGGCCUCCUGAAGAAAGUGAGAGAAGAUCCCCAACACCAGAGAGAACUCGACCACGCUCACCUAGCCCAGUUUCUAGUGAAAGAUCUCUCUCACGGUUUGAGAGGAUGGCAAGAUUUGAUAUAUUUUCUAGAUAUGAGUCUAUGAAAUCUGCUUUGAAAACUCAAAAAACUAUGGAAAGGAAAUAUGAAGUUCUGACCCAGCAACCUUUCACCCUUGACCAUGCUCCUCGCAUUACUCUGAGAAUGCGUUCACACCGGGUACCGUGCGGCCAUAAUACCAGGUUUAUUCUAAAUGUCCAGUCAAAACCAACUGCUGAAGUGAAAUGGUACCAUAAUGGCAUUGAGCUCCAGGAGAGCAGUAAGAUACACUUUACUAAUACCAGUGGUGUGUUAACUCUAGAGAUUCUUGACUGCCACAUUGAUGACAGUGGAACGUACCGGGCUGUAUGCACAAACUACAAAGGAGAAUGUUCUGAUUAUGCAACGCUGGAUGUUACUGGAGGAGAUUACACUACAUACUCUUCCCAGAGGAGAGAUGAAGAAGUACCAAGGGCAAUUUUACCUGACUUGACAAAAACAGAGGCAUAUGCAAUCUCCUCAUUUAAGAAAGCAUCUGCUACAGAAGCAAGUUCCUCAGUAAGAGAGGUCAAAUCAGAAAUGUCAGCAACAAGAGAAUCACUUUUAUCCUAUGAACACUACGCUGCUUCUGAAGAAAAAGUCACUGCAGCUGAAGAAAAAUCAUUGGAAGAAAGGACUGUACACAAGGCGUUUAAAAGCACUCUACCAGCAACAAUCCUUACAAAGCCACGAUCAAUCACAGUUUCUGAAGGGGAGACUGCGAGAUUUUCCUGUGAUGUUGAUGGUGAACCAGCACCAACAAUAACCUGGUUCCGUGCAGGUCAACCCAUUGUUUCUUCAAGGCGCUUCCAAGUAACACGAACACAGUACAAGUCUACCUUUGAAAUUUCUUCAGUCCAGAUGUCAGAUGAAGGGAGUUACACUGUUGUAGUGGAAAACUCUGAAGGAAGACAGGAAGCGCAUUUUACUUUGACCAUUCAAAGAACAAAAAUUCCUGAGAAAACAAUUACAUCACCUCCAAGGAUCAAAUCUCCUGAGCCUCGUGUAAAGUCUCCAGAGCCAGUUAAGUCUCCUAAACGAGUGAAAUCUCCUGAACCCAUCAGCAGUCCCCCUAAAGCUAAGUCACCACCUGGAGACAAAACAGUACCAACAGAAAAAGUACAAUUACCAGCUGCUUCUCCACCAAAGAUAAAACAGCAUCUGAAAGCAGAAGCUCUUGGAGAUAAGGUAAAGUUAUCCUGUGCAGUUGAAAGCAAUGUUUUAAGUGUCAGAGAAGUGGCUUGGUAUAAGGAUGGUAAAAAACUGAAAGAAGACCAUCAUUUCAAGUUUCAUUAUUCAGCAGAUGGCACUUAUGAGCUCAAAAUCCAUGAGCUCAUGGAAUCUGAUAAAGGAGAAUACACCUGUGAAAUUAUUGGGGAAGGAGGUGUUUCAAAAACUAACUUCCAGUUCACUGGCCAAGUAUUUAAAAAUAUCCAUUCCCAGGUAAGAAGUGUAUCUGAAUCUCAUAAAUCAGUUCAGAAAGAAGAUGAGUUGCUUACAGUUUCUACCCAAAAGAAAAAAGUAGUGGCAACUGAAGAGAAAUCCGCAGUUCAAGAAGUCAUUCAAAAGUCAGUUGUUACUGAAGAUGUCAAGCAAGUGAAAGCAGAAAUUAAAGCUUCUUCAACUAAAAUGACAGUAUCUGAAGGGCAGAAAGUGACGUUGAAGGCCAACAUUCCCGGUGCCUCUGAAGUAAAAUGGGUGCUGAAUGGAAUGGAGCUGAGAAAUUCAGAGGAUUACAGAUACGGUGUUUCUGGAAGUGAUCACACACUAACUAUCAAAAAGGCCAGUAGUAAAGAAGAAGGUAUACUCACCUGUGAGGGUAAAACUGAUGAAGGCAUUAUUAAAUGCCAGUAUGUUCUGACCUUCUCUAAAGAGCGCUCCAAUGAACCAGCAUUCAUCAUGCAGCCUAAGUCUCAAAAUGUCAACGAAGGACAAGACGUGUUGUUCACCUGUGAAGUUUCUGGGGAUCCUUCUCCUGAAAUUGAGUGGUUAAAGAAUAAUCAGCCUAUUGCAGUUUCAUCGCAUAUCAGAGUAACUCGCUCUAAAAAUAUAUAUUCUCUUGAGAUUCGAAAUGCAGCAGUGAGUGACACUGGAAAAUACACAGUCAAGGCAAAAAAUUACCAUGGGCAGUGCUCUGCCACAGCAUCUUUGACUGUACUCCCUCUAAUUGAAGAACCUCCAAAAGAGGUAGUAUUGAAGACCAGUGGCGACGCAAGCAUGCACGAAAGUUUUUCUUCUCAGUCCUUUCAAAUGGCUUCUUCUAAACAAGAGGCUUCAUUCAGCAGUUUCAGCAGUAGCAGCAUGACUGAAAUGAAAUUUGAAAGCAUGUCUGCCAAAAGCAUGUCCUCCAUGAAAGAAUCCUUUGUAGAGAUGAGCUCCAGCAGUAUUAUGGGGAAAUCUAGUAUGGCUCAACUGGAGAGUUCAACUAGUAAAAUGCUCAAAUCAGGUCUGAGAGGAGUACCACCUAAAAUUGAAGCUCUCCCAUCCGAUAUCAGCAUUGAUGAAGGAAAAGUUCUUACACUGUCCUGUGCCUUUUCGGGUGACCCUGCUCCUGAAAUAACAUGGUACUGCAGAGGGAGAAAAAUAACCAGUCAGGACCAGCAAGGCAGAUUCCACAUUGAAACCAGUGAAGAUCUAACCACUCUGAUCAUCAUGGAUGUCCAGAAGAACGACGGUGGACUUUACACCCUGAAUUUAGGAAAUGAAUUUGGUACCGAUUCUGCCACUGUGAAUAUUAAUAUUCGAUCACAUUAGAGAGUUCGAUAUGUAUUAUUUACACUUGUUUUUUUACAAGUGAUUCAUAUAUGGACUGAAAUAUCUGAUUAUGUAAAUAUGAAAAGAAAAAAUAUUUUUUUACCUACCUGAAUGAGACAAAGUCCAGAGCUAUACAUUAUGACUUAUAGUCAUUAUUGACUUAAGAAUUUAAAACACGUUUUUCACUGACAUGUACAUACUGUAUAUAGCCGAAGUUAACGGUUAUAAAGUUUUGUACCAUUUAUUUUAUGACAUUUUGAAACGUAACUUUUGGAACUAACAGUUGGCAGGAGAAAGUUUCCUAGCAAACGACUACCCUGCUCAACAUUUAACUAAUUUCUGCGCCUCAACUCAUUGUUGAUGUCUAAGAAUGCCUCAACAGGUAGAGAGUCUCCCUGUUGAAGACUACCUACACCUAUGAGAUGAUACUGUGCGUAGUAUUUCAUACAUGCACAAAUAUUUAUGUUGAAUCAGAAAUGUAAGGCAUUGGUGAUGUUUGCAAUUACCCUCCUGUAAGCAUUGCUUUAAUGUUUUACAUUGGAUCUGAUUAUGUCAUUAUUUCCAUACCUGACUGACAAUUUUUGGACAAAGUGCAAGCGGCCAGCACUUUGUUCAUCCAGUGUGUACUGUUUCUGACAUAUUGACUGCCUGAAUAGCUUUUGAAAAAGUAACAUCACCUGGCCAUCCCCUUAAUCAACAAAGCUAUUUAGGUAUUCAAGUGCAGCAGCAGUACCCCAUCUCGGAGGUUCAUAGGGUGCAGUGAUUGAGUAUGUGUGGUAGAAUUAGACACCCUGUAGUCGCUUCCGGGCAACUAAGCAAUGAACCACAGUUUGAAAACAAACUGUUGCUCCAACAUUAAAUACCGCCCUGCACUUCAAUUUGCUUUAGUUCUCCUAAUGUAGUAAUAGAGCUUAUUAGCUGUUGAACCUCCUUGAGAAUUGUUCAUUUGAAAUAAAGCAUGCUUUCUGCACCAUAAAA